AUGUUGAAUGACUCCAUGGACACUCAAGGCAGAUUUUUCUUGAAUGGCCGGGAUGCCAAUCCUGAUAUCCAAGCUCCAGGAGAGCGUACUGCUCUUCUAGAAUAUAAUGCAGAGGAGCUGAUCAACGCUCACAACUUGCUAGAAGAUGCAUACAUGGCCAUGGUUGCCAAACCGCAGCACCUUACAGGUAAAAUGGUUAAAUCUAAAGUACCAAAAAGGCCUUGGUCCCAUGAAUCGCAUCUCAAAAUAGCCUGGAUCCUUAUGGCACUGCAUUGUAACUUAUCUCAAGGGUGGCUUCUGAUACUAGAGUUAAGCGAUUAUUUUUGGUCUAGUGCAGAAAAAGUGAAAUUUUUUUUAACCCUUUACUACCAGAACCAAGUCACGAGCAAGCUUGGAGUGACACAUACAUUAUGCACAAAAAAACCACAUACACACAUUAUACACAGACCCCAAUACAAAAUUAUACAAUAUACAAUGUAUGUAUAUUACACAUACACUCAUUAUACAAAUCGCGCACGUACACUCGUUAUAUAGACACAGCGCGCGUACACUCAUUAUAUAUGUGGCGGACCACUGUCACUAAGUACCAUGCCCACUGCUCAUUCGUGUGUUUUCCCCUGUGCAUUGUACAUUUCCCCAUGUAUUCCUAUGUAUUUCCUGUAAUCUGCCAUGUUGACCGUUCGGGAGCGCUUCUGCAUAUGGAAACCGGUCAUCCCCCGAAUGCGGACCACCCCAGUGCCCCAUUAGAAUGUUCACACUAAUCAAUCAGAACGUUCGCGCCUGCAACAUAAGUGUGAAACCGCCGUGGAAGUAAUUAAUCAGUGGUCCCCUCGUUCGUAUAAGCGUACGCCACCCAGGGGGAGUAUUCGUAUGCCCAAAGGAUACGCUUCCCUUGCAUGGUCUGAACACCGGGACUACACAAAUGGGUCCCUGAGGUUGGUGGGGACACUGUUGGGGUACUGGCAGUUCGGAUCACCUUACCUAAGGGAGCUAUAAUCACUAUUUUCCCCUACAGUAAAGGAGGAGUAUAUUUAAAACAAGAAAAACUACCACAACAAGAGGACAUAGUCUUAAAUUAGAGGGACAAAGGUUUAAAAAUAAUAUCCGGAAGUAUUACUUUACUGAGAGGGUAGUGGAUGCAUGGAAUAGCCUUCCAGCUGAAGUGGUAGAGGUUUACACAGUAAAGGAGUUUAAGCAUGCGUGGGAUAGGCAUAAGGCUAUCCUAACUAAAAGAUAAGGCCAGGGACUAAUGAAAGUAUUUAGAAAAUUGGGCAGACUAGAUGGGCCAAAUGGUUCUUAUCUGCCGUCACAUUCUAUGUUUCUAUGUUUCUAGAGAGCUUCCUAAGUGGAGGCAGCCACCCGGGAGAGGUGCGAGUCCAAGCGGAGACCCUGGGGCUGUAAGUCAGCUUCACAGCCUGAAAGUCCCUCCGACCAAUCAGGAGAAGGAGCUCCCAUUCAAACUGGGUUCAUGCCAUUCUCCUGAUGGGUCGGAAUGAGUAAGCGCCGAUUGGUCGCUGCGGGGCGCAGGCGGCCAAUCAGAGGAGGAGUGCCUAUUCAAACUGGAAUUUCACGCCCAUUCUCCUGAUUGGCGCGAUUAGGUUCGCGCCCUUUUUCCGGAUUGGCUGUUGCUUGGUUUGGGCACGAAGUUUGAAUUGGACUAAACCAAGCAAUGCUGUGGAACUAAUUGCAGGGACGUACAGAGCCUCAAGCCCCCGACUUUAUACAAUGAUUUCUCGGGCUCUGUAGCCAUUCUAUUUGCAGGGAUCCUAGUUGGAACCCGGGGCUAUCCAGCGAUAUAGAUUUUACAUGGGUGACCCCUUCCCUUCCCGGGGCGCAGAGCCCCUAACUCUCCCCCCUCCCCCCCCGUGUGUAAUAUGUUUUAAUGUAUCUCCCAGGGUGGGAGAUGGUUAUCUGUAACCCAUCCCCCUUCUCCUGCCUGGGACAAAGGAUUGUGUUGAACUGAAUAUAGACGCCCUGCAGGGGCCUGUGCUUAAAAAGCUGUUUGCACCAAUAAAGGAUUGUCGGUGUUUUUUGACCUCCAGAACUGUGUGGCGUCCAGUUACUGGGGGGAAAAUGGAUGCCUGCUUGUUCUAAGGGUUCCUGAAUGGCUGAAGGUGACCAGUUGGGUUACCAGGGGGUCUGCUACAAUGUACACACAGCGCACGUACACUUGUUAUAUAUACAUAGUGCACGUGCACUCAGUAUAUACAAAGCACGCCGACAUCAGCAAUUAAUCAUUCUUGCUAAUGAUUAGUAACAUUUCCCUAAAUUAUUAUUAGAAAAAAUUAUUAUUCUUGUUAACUUUUAUUUUUUAAAUAUUGUAUUUAGCAGAUUAGGAGAAAAUUACAGCCACAUUUCUUUCUUUUUAAAUGUGUUUCCAGGUGAUCAGAGUGACCAGCGCCUGGCUCUUCAUAACAUUGCAAAAAUGGUCCGUCCUGGUGGAAUAUUAAUUAUUGACCAUCGCAACUAUGACUACAUACUGAGCACAGGGCGUGCACCUGAGGGCAAGAAUAUUUAUUACAAGGUAAUACUGCAACGCUAGGAUUAGAAUAUCUACCGCAACGCUAGGAUUAGAAUAUCUACCUCAACGCUAGGAUUAGAAUAUCUACCGCAACGCUAGGAUUAGAAUAUCUACCGCAUCGCUAGGAUUAGAAUAUCUACCGCAUCGCUAGGAUUAGAAUAUCUACUGCAACACUAGGAUUAGAAUAUCUACUGCAACACUAGGAUUAGAAUAUCUACCGCAUCGCUAGGAUUAGAAUAUCUACCGCAACUCUAGGAUUAGAAUAUCUACUGCAACACUAGGAUUAGAAUAUCUACCGCAACACUAGGAUUAGAAUAUCUACCGCAACGCUAUGAUUAGAAUAUCUACCGCAACGCUAGGAUUAGAAUAUCUACCGCAACACUAGGAUUAGAAUAUCUACUGCAUCGCUAGGAUUAGAAUAUCUUCCUUGUAUGUACGUAGCGGGGAAUUACGAUGCCACAUAAAUAUAGAUAACCCCAAUAAAAAAAAACCAAUAACGACAGACAACUUAGUAUGGAUGAACAGGCCACAGCAUUUAUUAUCACAAACUAAAUUACUGCAUAACACAUCCAUAACUUUAUUUAUUAAACUCUUCUUUCUGUUAAAAAUAAAUAAUCAUAAAUUAACAUAUAUACAUAUAAUAACUAAAACAUAGUGCUAUGCAGAGACCCAACCAUCCUUGCCAAUAAACAUCCAGUGGUUCCUAAUCACCACUUCCUCUCACCUCUCCCCUCAUCAUAAAAAAUCCUUCCAAUGCCCGCCAUCAGCCGACCUUAUCCACGCUCGAUGGGCACGAUACCUCAGGCAACCUAAUGUUUAACCUUUUGAAGCAGGGGAGGUUGAGACCUGCAAAACAUAAAAACUUACUCCAUCCUUAAACAUAACCCUUCAAACUUAAUUGGCAAGGACAUUACCCCGCCUAGCUGUGACUAACUGAAACUACAAAGGGGUGGGUGGGAGGGAAGCUGUUUGCUGGCCCGUAUCCCAAGUGGCACUGAGGUAAGACCUCCCCCACACUAACUCACAUUAAACCUAACCCCUCCCACACACACUUCCCAAGUCACUCCCCUGAAUCUAUCCCCACACUCCUACAUGUGUCCACUUAGCUGCGCUAUCUCCCCAUCGCUAGGAUUAGAAUAUCUACCGCAACUCUAGGAUUAGAAUAUCUACUGCAACACUAGGAUUAGAAUAUCUACCGCAACACUAGGAUUAGAAUAUCUACCGCAACGCUAUGAUUAGAAUAUCUACCGCAACGCUAUGAUUAGAAUAUCUACCGCAACACUAGGAUUAGAAUAUCUACCGCAACGCUAGGAUUAGAAUACCUACCGCAACGCUAGGAUUAGAAUAUCUACCGCAACACUAGGAUUAGAAUACCUACCGCAACACUAGGAUUAGAAUAUCUACCGCAAGGUGAGAAUAAAUAGUGUAUUAAUAGUAAAGUGUUACCAAGAUGUAAAUUGUAUAAUUAAAAAUGAAAACAAAGGUUCACUCACAUGAAAUUAGAUUUAAUAAAUUUCAAUUAUCAAUGCAGGUGCUAAGGAUUAAAAAAAAGAAUAAAAAUAACACAACUUUUUAAGAACUGAAAAAUAAAAACUUUAUAUUACUAUAUACCAGCGUGAAAGUGGUGUAUUAAUAUAACACACUUAUAUGUAAGAUUGUAAAAGAGAGUUUAAACAUCAUAUCCAGAGUUAAUCUGUAAAACCCACUCAUCAACAAAGGUUUUUGGCUGUGACCAAAGCAGUGAAAGAUGGUGGCUGUAUUCUUUAUACAAUUAGUUCAGUUACAGGAUGCGGCUUGACCGCUGAUGAAGACAGAUGCAUGCUUCCUGAGUGCCCUAAAGCAUGUUUACAGCGAUAAUUCUUAACUUUUCUCACGUCGAACUAGCCCUGCAGCAGUACCUUGACAAGAAAUGACAAUUAAUUCUUCAAAAUUGACCAGCAACAAGACCUCUUUUCUGUCACAACCACAAGCCAUGGUGUAGCGGAGAUGCAAUAUUCCCCAGGUUAUCUCCGCUUAUAAUCCAAGUGAGGCUCAGGAACAAGUAAAUUGUAAAUCCACAGGCAAGGUUUUCAGCAGGUAAAAUAACAGCAAUAUCCCAAAAGCAAUCCCAAUAACUGGACGACACACAGUUUCAGGAGCAGAACUGAAAGCUUUAUUCCACACUGGCCUUUUAAAGCAUGCUCCCAUGCAAGGGAGGGAUUACAUUAAUUAAUACAGUAGCCAAUCCUGUCCUGGUAACCUCCCACACAUCUCCUCCCCUCAGCCAGCAUCAUAAUCCCCUUAUCCAGUACAGCAAUUCCCCCCGUUUCUGGAUGUACCCCUAAACGUAGGGGUACCCCUUUAAAUCAUACAUCCCCUGGUAGCCCUGAUCUGGGUGAACAACAUAUCCAAAAAUCACCCAGAUCAGACCAGGGGUUCGGGAAAUUUAUGGAGGGAAUAAAAUGACCAACCACACUGAGUGAAACAGCCGAAUGCGGUUCCAUGUGAAUGGGCCCUGCGGUCGGUCCUGGAGUCAGGGAAUGAAUGGCAUGAAAACCUCUAGCUAUAGAGGCUAGGGAGGGUUCGCCUGAAUCCCCUCGUUCGGUUCUUUCUAUCUACCGAACGAGGGGCCGUUCGGUAGUUAGGAACCGAACGGACCGGGCUUGUGGAGGUUUCAGCGGUGUUCGCCUAGUCGAGUGUCCGAUUUGAGUUCCAGACACUCGACGGCAAAACACCGCUGUUCGGGAGGUUUAAAAUGGCCGCCACCAUGUGUUCGUUUGUCGAAUGGCGGCCACACCCGAGAACAAAGGACGGCUACUUAACUUGUCAGUUACCCGUUCGCAACAAUGUUGCAACGGAUAAUUGAGGACACAAUUCACACAGGGGAGGUCUGAUUGUUCGGUAGUUUCAUUCCCUUAGUUUAUUCGAAUGAUUCUACUGAACAAUCAGAGGAAUACAAUUCUUUUAAACACAUAUAAAACCAGCAGUUUACACGAAUGCAACUAUUCACAAGACAUUUGCAGGACAGCCCAGUGCCAUCCGCUACACAUGGAUUUUUAAGGGUGGAUAAAUUACAAUUUACCCUUAGGCAGGUUUGCAGAAAAUCUUGAAGGAUAUUAAAUUGGAGGCUAGCAUUUCUGGAUACGGCGGGGUACUAUAAGAAUUUUAUCCGAGACUAUAGUGCCAUAGCAAAGCCACUGACUGACCUGACCAAAAACAUACCUCCAUCAAGUGUCAGACUGCCUUCCAACAGCAAGGCCUAGACUGGCCAUCAGGCACACCGGCAAAUGCCCAGUGGGCCACCAUGGGCCAAGGCUGACAGGGGAGAUCAUUUUGAUGCGGCCGGUGAGAGGAGGAGCCGUAAGCCAGAAGGUUCCUCCCGAGAGCUCGGCAAUUCAUAGUGUUCCCGGGGAUUACCAUGGCAACGCUACAAGGAUCUCGCUGGAUGAGUGAACUCUGCCUGCAGCAGGCAGUCUAGAGCAUCUCCACCACACCACCAAAGCAGGGAAAAGGAAAAGGUAAAAUGAACGGAGAGGGGACAUAAAGUUCAUGUAUGUAUGAUUUUUCAACACAGGGAUCCCGCGAACAGAGACAGUUCGUGACAGGGGCCAUGUGAGGGUCCCUGAGGUUGGUGUGGACACUUUUGGGGCACUGGCGAGUUCGGCGGGCUUUGUGGUGCCUGCUUAGACAAAGAGACUAGCUCUUUUGCCGCGGGCGUGCCUGAGACACAAAGGGAUGGUCCCUUUUUCCCGCGCUUGGUCUCCCAGGUACAGAGGCUCAUGGGACGAAGACCCCCCCGUCCCCGGAUUUGGGAAACCCUGUGUUUGGGUGGCAGGCUUUUGGAGACAAAGGGACAAAGCUCUUCCCUGCUUUAGAUUCCCGGGUAUGGGGAGGAUCCUGGGAGUGGACAUUGUAUGCUGUGUGGUACACCCUGUUACAAAAGACUCGAAAUGACUCUGUUAUUGUUAAUACAUGUUGCUACUGUUACAACUCUAUACGUUUAAGCCGAGGAUACACGAAUGGAUUACACAAACUCUUAUAAAGACCGUGAUACGAGAUACGUGAUACGAACAAGGGACCGAGAUACGUGAUACGAACGAGGGACCCCCCAAAUGCUGGCAUGUGCCGCCAAUUAACCUUGUCACCCCGCAAAGUACCGAACAGUCGACCACCCGACCAGCGGAGUGUGGCGGCCAUUAACCACCCAUGCGGCUGCGGUCUGCGGUUAACCACAGACUAAUUGACGGGUCUGGGGGAUAGACGUUCGUACCCAAACCACCGAAGGGAACCUACCGAACAACCUCACGAACGGAGACCCCCUACAGUGGGUCCUGUGGCAGCAAUUAGCCUGUGGUUUCUGCAGUUAACCGCAACUUAAGUACCAUGUUACCAGGUGAUCCUAAUUCAUGUACCGAACGAGUUCCACUACCAGGCAGACAGCGGGGAUUCGCAUGAACCUAUACCCAAGUUUAGUUCCACAAGUUGGAGGCGAGGUCCCGCUGCCCAUUAAACCGUCUGAAAACAUGGCCGCCAUCAGAAGCUCACGAUCCAAAAUGCCGAACGGACUUUAUACGGCAGAAAUAGCCCAUUCUGUUCGUGGGAUUGAAGCGCCAUUCAUAUGUUUAAUGUACCCGAACGCAAGCUAUUAAAUGAAUGGUAGAAUGAGCUGUUUUCCUCUAUUAAUGUUAAAGUUAUGGAUUUUUAUACAGUUUUAUGGGACAUAAUAAAACGUGGUCUUUUGUGCGCUUGGAGAUAAUUAGAUUGUAUAACCGUUGGCCUCAUUAUCUCCAAGCUGGGCGGGUACUAAUUCAAAUGAUACACUGUACUGUGAUUGGUUACCUGUUUGUACUGUACCUGUAUUCCAUCAGGUCCACAGGGGGCUGUCCUUGGACCUGAGGAAUCGCAUAAAUUGCCAUGUUGUAUGCCAGUAAAGCCAGUUCGUUUUGACCCUCAACUUUCAGCCUCGACUCAUGUUGUAGGGAUCCGGGAUAUUGGUGCUUAUACCGUGUUUGGGAUAUUCUACACUUGCAGCUCAUUACCGAAGGACCUCCGGUCGACUCUCUACAGCAGGAACCAGGAGCUCUAAGCGAUCAACCCCACUGCUAGACCGGGGGCAAUCGUAACACACCCCUUGCCUGGAGUUAUGCUUAAAAGCCGUGUGUGGCCAAUAAAGUGUUGUUGUACUUCCAGAACUGUGUCGUCCAGUUACUGGAGGAAAAUUGGGUCUCUUUGCGGCCCACAACUAAUAUGUUUGUGGCCCGCAGCAAGGGAGCUCUGAGUGUAAGCUCUCCCUACUCAUCUCCCCGCAGUGAUGCCGGGUGCCGGAAUAUGACGUCACUCCGGCUCCCGGAAUCACUCUGCGGCUCGCAAGGGAGGUGAGCAGGGAGAGCUUACACUCAGCGCUCCCUCAAUGCCUGUCCGCCCCCAGCCUCCAUGCCCACUUGCCCAGCAGCCCCACUAGACCCCAGGUAAGAAAUCCACCAAGCUCUCCCAAAGGUAGGGAGGCUGGGUAGAUUUAAAUUAAAAAAAAAAAAUGAGUGUUGGGUGUAAAUGUGUGUUUGUGUGUGUGUGCGCAUGGGUGUCUGUGUCCAUGGCUGUGUGUACGGCUGUCUGUGUGCAUAGCUGUCUGUAUGGCUGUGUGUGUCCAUGGCUGUCUGUAUGGCUGUUUGUAUGGCUGUGUGUGCAUGGCUGUUUGUAUGGCUGUGUGUGUGUGUGUGUGUGUGUAAAUGUCUGGCUGUAUGGCUGUCUGUGACUCUGUGUCCAUGGCUGUCUGUGUGCAUGGCUGUCUUUGUGUGUGUCUGUGUGAUUGAGUGUUUGUAUGUAAGUGUGUGUCUGUGAGGAAGCCUGUGUGUCUGUCAGUGAAUGUGUGUGUAGCAGAACGCCAAUAUUAAAUCCACGAAUUCUGCUGGUUCAGGAAGUAAUCCACAGUCAAGCGCUGGAAACAACAAGGCAAUAUCCCAAAUCUCCCAGUAACCGGACGAAACACAGUUCUGAGAGUCAACUGAGGUCUUUUAUUUCAGCUCCACAAUUUAUACAAGUCCCCAUGCAAGGGGUUUCCUGAGUCCCCUCCCAGGGGCAUUUCCAGAGGGGACUACAUGGGGGACUUAUUGUACAGGGUAUUUCUCCCAUCAGGCACUGCUGCACAAGAGGGAUCCUCCCACUGGAAUAUACCGUUAAGUGGAUUAUCCCUCCGUGCAGCAGAACUUACAAUUCGUAUAAAAAUACAUAACUCUAUGAAUAUAUGGUCUAUUUAAAUGAAUGGACGUUCGGUAUAUAGCUGGGGUCUGAGCGCAUCAUUCGUGAGGUUACUGCUCAGAUCCCAGCUAAAACAACCGAACGCCGCACGAAAAACACAUUUAUUAAAAGACAUAUUAAAAUGACCGAUUGCCUUCAAGGGAAUGAAAUACCGAACGGCCUGGAGGCUCAGCGGUGUUCGCGCCGUCGAGUAGCCGUUUUUAGUACCAUGCGCUCGACGACCUAACACCGCUGAGGGAACAAAGGAUCCAAGAUGGCCGACCGCCGCAUGGUCGGUAGUCGAACGGCGGCCACCUAGGAGAGCCUCUAAUUACCGAUUGCAACAUUGUUGCAAUCGGUUAACAAGCGCCACACGCCUCUAAGUGUGUGGGCUACUAUAUGGAGUGUUUUCGUUUCACGAACGGCCUGCAAAAGUGCCGUUCGUGAAACGAAAGAAAAACCCAAUACAAAUAGCUAUCUGCAUUCGGCAGAUAGCCAAUACAGGAAAUACAAGGUAUUACAGCCAGCAUACAUUAUCAAAGAUCUAUUGUAGUGAGAUACUGACCUCUGGCCAUCUUAUCUAGCAGUUUUUCAUCACAGCUACUUCCACAACCCCCUCCCCAGCACCCCAGUUCAAAUGCACCUUGGCAGUGGGUAGACGGUACAUGGCUCCCCCUGCCACCCUGACUGCCACCGAUCCGCCAGUGUGGGCCGUAUCCGGAACCAAAUGUGGAGCAAACAGGGUUAAAGUGGCUCCCGAGUCCCUCAGCCCCUGUACUUCUUUCCCCCCCACAAACACAACUUGACGGUGAUGCUGCCUGUUGUCCGUGGCUUGCACAGACAUCACCUCAUACAAAACCCCCAGAGGUUCCUCGGUCUGCAGGCUCAUCAGCUCGGGGUUGUCCGGUUCUGCGUGGUAAUAAUGUGCUGCUGCCCUUGGGGUGGAAUUCUGCUGAACUUGGUUCCACGCCUGUCUACUCCGAUUCUGGGUGCACUCCCGGGACAUAUGCCCCCACUGAUGGCAGGUAUGGCAUUGGAUGUUUGCUCUGCCAUUGUAGCGGGAUGGUGGUGGGGGUUCCCUUGUGCUGGCCGGAAUGGAGCGGAGUUGGUUGGUGCGGAGGUGGUCGGGUGGUGCUGUACAGGUGGUCUCAGGGAACCCUUGUUGGUGAGCCCAUGAUGCCUCCUGGCAUCAAAGUGUUGAUCCGCCAACCGGGCGGCUUCCGUUAGGGUGAGGGGUUUUCUGUCCCUUACCCAUUCUUGUGCCUCUGGUAAAAGUCCGUUAAAGAACUGCUCCAGCAAAAUUAGUUGGCGCAGUUCCUCCAUGGUGGUGGCUUGGCUGGCCUGAAUCCACCCUUGCGAAGCUUGGUCAAGCUUAUUUGCCCACUCAGCGUGGGAAUCUUUUUCAGGCUUCCGCAAUCCCCGAAAUUUACGCCGAUAUGCCUCCGGUGUGAUGGCAUACCUCUCUAGGAUUGCCCGUUUUACUUUAAAGUAGUCCUUGCUGUCCUCUCUGGGGACAGCGCGAUAGGCCUCUGCUGCCCGCCCUGCCAACUUGCCUGCUAGCAGGGGUACCCACACUGCCUGCUCCAGGUCGUGUAGGUCACAUAGCCGCUCGAAAUCCUGCAGGUACCCGUCAAUCUCAUCCUUCUCCUCACAGAAUGCUUUAAAUGCCUGGUACGGUAUUUUCUGUUUCACUGGAGCGCAGAAUGAAUUGGCGAUGGAUUCUGCCCUGGAUGGUGCCCCCUGGUGCUGUUGCGCCAUAAUGUAGUCCUGUACGUCUGCCAUCAGGACGGUCAAGAUGUCAAGGGGUACUGGCUGGGGUACAAAUUCCAGCCGGGUUCUCAGUUCCCUCUGCCCUCUGAUAUGGGGUUUCCUCCCUGGCUGGUGGGGGUGGGCUGCUGUGUGCUCGGUCGCCUUCCAUUAGUUCUGCCUUGGAUUUAUUGCUAGCGCUUUUUCCUCUAGCCUCCAGCAGUUCCUUUAGCGUCUGCCUUUUUAAAGUCGUGUAAUCAGUCCCCAUUCACUGAUCUCUUUCGUCUGUUUGCUGCAUACGAAUUGCCAUUCCCUUUUUCCGUUCGGUUGUUCCUUUCAUUCGAAUGCGCUGUAUUCGGCUGUAGAGUUGGAUCCCGUCGCUUGCCACCAAUUGUAGCGGAACGCCAAUAUUAAAUCCACAAAUUCCGCUGGUUCAGGAAGUAAUCCACAGUCAAGCGCUGGAAACAACAAGGCAAUAUCCCAAAUCUCCCAGUAACCGGACGAAACACAGUUCUGAGAGUCAACUGAGGUCUUUUAUUUCAGCUCCACAAUUUAUACAAGUCCCCAUGCAAGGGGUUUCCUGAGUCCCCUCCCAGGGGCAUUUCCAGAGGGGACUACAUUGGGGACUUAUUGUACAGGGUAUUUCUCCCAUCAGGAACUGCUGCACGAGAGGGAUCCUCCCACUGGAAUAUACCGUUAAGUGGAUUAUCCCUCCGUGCAGCCGAACUUACAAUUCAUAUAAAAAUACAUAACUCUAUGAAUAUAUGGUCUGUUUAAACGAAUGGACGUUCGGUAGAUAGCUGGGGUCUGAGCGCAUCAUUCGUGAGGUUACCGCUCAGAUCCCAGCUAAAACCACCGAACGCCGCACGAAAAACACAUUUAUUAAAAGACAUAUUAAAAUGAUCGAUUGCCUUCCAGGGAAUGAAAUACCGAACGGCCCUGAACUCCCGAACGGCCUGGAGGCUCAGCGGUGUUCGCGCCGUCGAGUAGCCGUUUUUAGUACCAUGCGCUCGACUACCUAACACCGCUGAGGAACAAAGGAUCCAAGAUGGCCGACCGCCGCAUGGUCGGCAGUCGAACGGUGGCCACCUAGGAGAGCCUCUAAUUACCGAUUGCAACAUUGUUGCAAUCGGUUAACAAGCGCCACACGCCUCUAAGUGUGUGGGCUACUAUAUGGAGUGUUUUCGGUUCACGAACGGCCCGCAAAAGUGCCGUUCGUGAAACGAAAGAAAAAGUCAAUACAAAUAGCUAUCUGCAUUCGGCAGAUAGCCAAUACAGGAAAUACAAGGUAUUACAGCCAGCAUACAUUAUACUUAGUCACACACAUAUCCCACAACCAUACAGGCAACCCUUAAAGGUACAGUCUCUUUAUAUUGUCCAAGUGGCUAGGUUUGCCACAGUGUGUGUGUGAGUGUAUGUGUGUGUCGGAGUGAUUCUAUGUAAAUGUUAGUGUGUGAGGGUUUCAAGGAGUAACAGGAGGAUCCGCUUUUUUAAAGGUGCAGAUGGGGCAAUUGGGGGUAGAACUGCUUGUUGGCUAAUGUUUUUUAUUUUUAAAACAAGGGAACAGGUUUAGUAGACGUGGGGACUGGGAUUUAGUAGACAUGGGGGGACUAAGAUUUAGUAGACGAGGAAGGGACUGGGAUUUAGUAGCCAAGGAAGGAACUGGGAUUUAGUAGACAAGGAGGGGCUGCGGUUUCGUAGAUGAGGGAGGGCUGGGGUUUAGUAAAAAUGAGACAGAGUGUUUAGUAGAGGGGGUCGCUAGGGUUUUUUUUUAUACUGUACUUUUCAAAAUAAACCUGCGUUUCUAUGAAAACUUAAGUUUUUUAUUUUUUGCGGACCACAUAAAUGUAACCCUUGUUUAUUUGAGUUUAUUUUGGGAAGAGAAAUAGUGGAGUUAACUGGUCAGGUUACCAGGUGAUCCGCUACAAUUUUGUUUUUUGUUUAUACUCGGACAACAUGGUCUUGCACCGCUCACAUGCACCCACAUAUCAUACACAUACCAUACACAUAUAGGUAUGCCUAGAUGGCAGAUACAAGAAAAAUGGAUAAAAACAGGGGGUAGAUGCAGCGCUUCAGUAAUCCUUGUCACGGUAUAUGUGAAGAGAACCAGAGAAGAAAUAAUAGUGUAGUAUUUAAAACUGUAGUGGUGAUAAGUAAAAUAAAAGAUGUGCACUCACACUUUCCUCGAGCUUCAAUACAGCUCCAGUGUAUGCACCUGUGUGGAAUAAUCCCCGCCUAUGGAUCAAGUGCAGAGGCAGUUCUUCGAGUUAUAGGUGUGGUAGGGGGUAUUCUCAUAAAAACAAACAAAUAAAAAUCGUAUAUGGUGAAGUAUGUAGAGCUAUGAAGCAAGGGUAGCAAAACCUGGCUCCUCUGAUAGCGCUUGAAUAGUGAUGUCGCGAACCCGAAAUUUUCGGUUCGCGAAUGGCGAACGCGAACUUCCGCAAAUGUUCGCGAACCGGCGAACUGCCAUAGACUUCAAUGGGCAGGCGAAUUUUAAAACACACAGGGACUCUUUCUGGCCACAAUAGUGAUGGAAAAGUUGUUUCAAGGGGACUAACACCUGGACUGUGGCAUGCCGGAGGGGGAUCCAUGGCAAAACUCCCAUGGAAAAUUACACAGUUGAUACAGAGUCUGGUUUUAAUCCAUAAAGGACAGAAAUCACCUAACAUUCCUAAAUCACAAUGAAUAUGGAUUGACACCUGACAUAUGACAUAUUGACACCUUGACAUAUGGAUUGACACCUGUCCUCAGAGCCCCUGAUGCACACGGACACAGAGCAGAAUAGAGACUGUUCCCCCUACAUAGGGUCACUUGGCAGGUAUGGAUUGACACCUGUCCUCAGAGACCAUGAUACACACUGACACAGAGCAGAAUAGAGACUGUUGUUGGGGAUUGCCUUUUGUGAAAAGAAAUUUCGGCCGUGUACCUUCCACUGUAGUGUCCCAAUAGCUACAAAUUUUUUGAACGCCUCAAACUCCACCAGCUCGUAUGGUAAAAGCUGGCGGGCUAAUAGUACAGCCAAACAAGCUGUCAGACGCCGGGCAAGGGGGUGACUUUCUGACAUUGGCUUCUUACGCUCAAACAUGUCCUUGACAGACACCUGACUGUGGGCAGAUUAGCAGGCCUGACACACAGACGCUUGGAGACAACUAACUGCUAUUCAAUCUAUAACAGUGAAAAAAGUUUUUGGGUUUUAAAUGCACGCUAUUGUGACACCAGAUAUGAGUGGCAAAGUACACGUGCAGAGGUCUGCAGAGCACACGCUGAAGGAGGCCUGACACCCGCUUUAAGGACACUGACUGCUAUUAGCUUACACUGAAAAACUUUUUUUCUUUGUAAAAGCACGCUAUAGAGACACCAGAUAUGAGUGGUAAAGUACACGGGCAGAGGUCUGCAGAGCACACGCUGAAGGAGGCCUGACACCCGCUUUAAGGACACUGACUGCUAUUAGCUUACACUGAAAAACUUUUUUUCUUUGUAAAAGCACGCUUUAGAGACACCAGAUAUGAGUGGCAAAGUACACGGCAGAGGUCUGCAGAGCACACGCUGAAGGAGGCCUGACACCCGCUUUAACGACACUGACUGCUAUUAGCUUACACUGAAAAACUUUUUUUCUUUGUAAAAGCACGGUAUAGAGACACCAGAUAUGAGUGGCAAAGUACACGGGCAGAGUUCUGCAGAGCACACGCUGAAGGAGGCCUGACACCCGCUUUAAGGACACUGACUGCUAUUAGCUUACACUGAAAAACUUUUUUUCUUUGUAAAAGCACGCUAUAGAGACACCAUAUAUGAGUGGCACACGCUGAAGGAAGCCUGACGCCCAGACGCUUGCAGACAACUAACUGCUAUUCAAUCUAUUACAGUGAAUUUUUUUUUUUCUUUUUAAAUGUCAAGCUUAAGCUAUUGUGACACCAGAUAUGAGUCGUGGCACUGGGCAAAUGGGCACAGUAUCCACUGUGAGCCUGACACAGAAGCUGCCAGACAAGUAACUGCUAUUCAAUCUAUUACAGUGAAAAAAGUUUUUUGUUUUUAAAUGCAAGCUAUUGUGACACCAGAUGAGUGAGUGGUGGCACUGGGCAAAGUAUCCACUGUGAGCCUGACACAAAGCUGGCAGCAGUGGCAGACAACUAACUGCUAUUCAAUCUAUAACAAUGAAAAAAGUUUUUUGUUUUUAAAUGCAAGCUAUUGUGACACCAGUGAGUGAGUGGUGGCACUGGGCACAGUAUCCACUGUGAGCCUGACACAGAAGCUGGCAGCAGGAAGACAAAACUAACUGCAAUUACAUUACACAGAAAAAAAAAAAAAAGCAGACUGAUGUUCUAGCCCUAAAAAGGGCUUUUUGGGGUGCUGUCCUUACAGCAGAGAUCAGAUGAGUCCUUCAGGACUGUAGUGGACACUGUAUACCCUAACCUAGCUAUGCAUUUCCCUAUCUAAUCAACAGUAGCUACACUUUCCCUCCUCUCACUAAGCAUGCAGCUUGAGAAUGAAUCUAAAAUGGAUGCUGUCCAGUAGGUGGGAGGGUCUGCUAGGGAGGGUGUGCUGCUAAUUGGCUGGAAUGUGUCUGCUGACUGUGAGGUACAGGGUCAAAGUUUACUCAAUGAUGACGAAUAGGGGGCGGAUCGAACCGCGCAUGCUUUUUCUGCUAACCUGCCUUUCUUGUUGUGCUAUAAAUGGACUAGUUGCUGUCUUUUUCUACUCUCUUAUUUGUUAUACUUUGUAUUGCAAUAUUCUCAAUAAACACUUUAAUUACAAAAGGGAGCAUAUCAUCAAAAAAAAACAGAUAAGCACAAUGCAGCUCAUUGAAACACACAACUUGAUCAGCAGGUCCACCCAUAGAUAAAGAUAAUAUUUUUACUAUGCAUUGGCACCCUUCAUAAUUGUUAAUUAAGAUGCAUUCUUUAUUUUAAUUUCUCCAACUGUGCUCUAUACUGAGAUUAAUAUCACUGAUGAUAUUUGAACAGCCAAGGGUUUUGCAUUAAAAAAAGGGAUCUUAUUGGAAACAUUUUGACACAAAAACAUUUAAGAGUUCCCUGCUAUAUUUUGAUCACAUAGACCUCAAUUAAUUUCUAUUGGCAAAAAAGUUGAUAAUCAUUGACUUUUUUUGGUUGAUUUAUUUGAAUUUCAUAUCAGCUAAAAUUCAAGCAGCCAAACAGAGCAGUUUGAGAUAAAAGCCAGGUUUUAUUGAUUAACUCAUUAUUUGUAAAAAAGCCUAUGGGGGCAAUAAAAUAAACCAAAUAAUUAAAAGUCCCACGCAAGUAUUGACAAAAGUGAGAUAUACUUGACUAGUGUCUCUGACUACCUCUCUGCUGUUUCUAACUGGAUGGCUGCCCACUUCCUUAAACUAAACUUGACCAAAACUGAAAUUCUGGUCUUUCCUCCCUCAAGUGUUGUUACUCCUGUGUCUGUCUCCCUCCAAGUCAACGGUGCUACCAUCAGCUCCACCACGCAGGCCAGCUGCCUAGGUGUUCUCUUUGACUCCGACCUCUCCUUCAAGCCUCAUGUUCAAUCUAUCGCCAAAUCCUGUCAUUUCCCUCUCAAAAACAUUGCGCGCAUCCACCCCUACUUAACGCCAGAUGCGACUAAGGUGUUGGUCCAUUCCACUGUCCUUUCUCGCCUUGACUACUGUAAUCCGCUUCUCAGUGGUCUUACAUGCUCCCAACUUGCGCCGUUACAGUCCAUAAUGAAUGCGGCGGCGAGGCUCAUCUUCCUGUCCGCCCGCACCUCCCAUGCCUCACCCUUCUGUCAGUCCCUACAUUGGCUUCCUAUAAAAUAUAGAGCUCAAUUUAAAAUUCUGGUUCUUGCUUUCAAAUCUCUACAUAAUGCUGCUCCCACCUAUCUAUCCUCCCUUAUACACAAGUAUGUCCCGUCUAGGCCCUUACGAUCUGCUGAAGACUUACGUCUAUCUUCUGUCCGUACUCCCACCUCUGAUGCUCACCUUCAAGAUUUCUCGAGGGCUGCACCGUUCCUGUGGAACUCGCUUCCCUCCUCCGUUAGAUGCUUACCCAGUCUCCACUCCUUCAAAAAAUCGUUAAAAACCCACUUCUUCAUAAAAGCGUAUCGAUUAAACUGUUAAUAGCUCCUGACUGAUUCCUCUUCUGCAACUGUCACUAGUCUAAUACUAUCCUUACCUUUUUGUGUCAUUUUACCCCACUCCCUCUAGCAUGUGAGCUCAUUGAGCAGGGCCCUCAACCCCUCUGUUCCUGUGUGUCCAACUUGUCUGGUUACAACUACAUGUCUGUUCGUCCACCCAUUGUAAAGCGCUGCGGAAUUUGACGGCACUCUAUAAAUAUCAUAAUAAUAAUAAUAUACCUUUCAAAGUGCUCGGAAGGAGCAUAUGUAGUGUGAGAGAUCUCUUUUCCAGCUCAUUCUGCAUGGAACCUUCCAUGGAUGGGCUUACAUGGAUUAAUUAUUUUUAAUUUGUCAAUCUGUAUUUUUAUUGAGGCAUGUGCCAAGCAAGAAGGAGUCUAAAUAGUAUUUGAUACAGAAGGACAAGCUUAGUAAAUCUAUGCAGUCGUGAACACAUCAACAUUGAUAUACCAAGUUGGAUAACUCCUAGGCAAGAUGGCCUAUUUUUUUUUUUUUUUUUUAGAAAGAAAUAAUAACACAAGUUUAAUUUGCAUGACAAACAUAAAUUGAACUAGUGAAUUGUGUGUGUGUGAUCAAAGAUGCCAUGAACACUAUCAAUAUUCAGUGUAGUUAUGAACACCGCCAUGUAGAGGUGAAAGCCCAACUGAUUCCUCAUGUCUAGCAGGUCCAGCCUAUUCGCAACCAGGCUUAAUUCGCAAUUAUUUAAAGGGAAUGCGAUGGGCGCUAGUGAUUUCAGGGUAGCAGAUAUUUAAGUUGUAGGCCCAUAACAAAGGGGGAAGCAGGGGGAGGGAGUUGGGAGGCCCUUUAGCAGGGUUCUUGUAUCUGCCAAUCACACAAAAAUAAAUUCAGCGCGGAAGAAAAGUGAUAAGUCCAAAAGCAGCUUGAACACCAAUACGGAGUCUCUCUUUUCGAUCAGAAAACUGGAUAAAAACAGGGGGUAGGUGCAGCGCUUCAGUCAUCCUUGUCACGGUAUAUGUGAAGAGAGCCAGAGAAGAAAUAAUAGUGUAGUAUUUAAAAUUGUAGUGGUGAUAAGUAAAAUAAAAGAUGUGCACUCACACUUUCCUGGAGCUUCAAUACAGCUCCAGUGUAUGCGCCUGGGCGGAAUAAUCCCCACCUAUGGAUCAAGUGCAGAAGCAAUUCUUUGAGUUAUAGGUAUGGUAGGGGGUAUCCUCAUAAAAACAAACAAAUAAAAAUUGUAAAUGGUGAAGUAUGUAGAGCUAUGAAGCAAGGGUAGGUAAAAACUACAUUAUGAAUGCUUUCCUAUGCGACCGGCUGAAUGUGCGCGCAGCUAGCCGACUGGGCGGAACGGAGGAGGAGAGAAGGAGGAGAGCUCCCCGCCCAGCGCUGGAAAAAGGUAAGUUUUUACCCCUUUCCCCCUUUCCAGAGCCGGGCGGGAGGGGGUCCCUGAGGGUGGGGGCACCCUCAGGGCACUAUAGUGCCAGGAAAACCAGUAUGUUUUCCUGGCACUAUAGUGGUCCUUUAACAUUGGCAAGAGUAUGUGCACAAUUUUUUAAAUAUAAGCAAGAUCAAUAUAACAGGUUUAACAAUGGAGAAAUGUUACUGCAAUGUAGGUUAGCAUGUGUGUGAACUAGGUUGCUUUGCUGUAUACUACUGCAGUAUUGUGAGUGCUUGAAAAACUAGGCCGGUGCUUUAAUCAUAAGGAUCAGCAGACCUGAAGAGUAUUAGUUAAGUAGAUUAGAUAAGUAAGUGAGUAGUCUCGCUGUACUGAAAGGUUAGUACAGUUAACCCUCUUAAUCAAAGCUGCAUUAUACAUAUUAACACAGGACUCCUAGCUUCAGCAUCAUUAGAAUCAUUGUGGAAAUCACAAUUUGUCAAUAUGCAUGUAGAUGUCAGGAUAAUGGUGACAUGGUCAGAGACAGGUUUAGUAAUGAUCACUGCAUGACAUGCUUGUCUGGCAUUAACUCUUCUAGAAAUGCAAGAUGGAGGAUUACGGUCUAAUAGAGAGUGGGUGCUUGUUACAGAGUAGAUAGGCUAGGUAGUAUGCAAUGCCUCUCUAUACGUGGGACAUGAGGGGAGAUGUUAAAAUAAAGGAAAAUUAAACACGAAUAUAACAUAUAGCUAGUGUCUGCUAAGUUAACACCACUAGGACUCCCACACCCAUCAUUACCAAUGGCAAAACAUGCGAGGGCAAGUUCGUUGGUGUCCGGGCUCAUGAUGUUCGGUACGUUUUCCGUUAGCCCACUUCCAAGGCCAGGAAGCACAAGUCCAGUGUGUAUAAGGUCCCAAUGCCCAUGCUGAUUAUCAGAAUGUAAUAUGGAGAUUGAGUCCUGGUAGCCUCUAGGCAGGUAAAGGCUCUCCUACCCCAGGCCGUCCUGAAGGCCUGCAUCCCAGUACCACAGGCUCAGUUGCUCGUAAAUGAGGCCAAGUCUCUCCCUGUUGGGAUCCCGCCAAAGUUCCUGUUGGUCUGUUGCAGCUUGUGCCAGUGGACCCACAGCCUCCGUGGUUGAUGCCUAGGUAGGUGUAGGGUGAGUGGCUUAGAUGCUUGAGAGUGAGUUGUGCUUGGAAUGGUCCCACCCCACUCCCGCUUUGCUCUGCUGCUCUGCUCCUCCUGGUCUCAUGCCGGUGAGUCUGCUAGUCGUGCUUCCAGUUGCGCCCAGAAGUGUGUAAAGUGCUCGUCUAUGCGCUGUAUCAUGCGAUCUAUAGGGUAUUGUUGGGCCACCGUGUGUUGCUGCUGAUCAUGGGUAGGGUCGGGACGUGCCUGCGCCAUCUUGGAUCUGCAGUGAGCAGUGCCUGUACCGUUCCAGUUGCCUGUUUGUGCCGAGUUGUGUGGGUUCCAACCGUGGGGACUGGGAUAACCCCCACCGGUCCAAAGGGGGGGGGUCUGCGGUAUCCAGCAUGGGGAAACCGGCCAUGUCUCCCCAGCUCUGCUGCUGCCAGGACUCAAUUUACUGUUGCAGUUCCCGGUGGUUUUGAGCCUCACUUCGGGUAUCUAACAGUGUGGUAGUGUGUCCCCCUUCUGGAGGGCACCUCAGAUUCAGGUUUGUCGCCCUGUAGUUCAAAAUGUUGCAGGAAAACUGCAGGCAUUUGCAGGAGCUCGAGUUAGACACGUCUUGUCUGUUUGCAGGUCAGGCUCCGCCCCCCAAAAAGUCCGUUUUUAAGAUUAAAAAGAAAUUGCACAGACAACAUUACUUUUAAUGCACAAGCUCAUGUGGAAGUAGACAAAAAUAUUACCAGGUUCAAUAAAAAGCGUUUAAUUGACCAUUACAAUACACAGAGAUAUCUCAUGGAGAUUGGCAAGAAGCAAUCUAACAUCAUGUUACAAUUCCUCAUAUUUUAUACAUAUGACCCGGAACCGGCCUUUCGUUUAGCUUGAAUCAGAACUCCAAAUAUGGUCUUAUUUCCUAUUGGCUAAAUUCUAGCAUAACUGACAAAUUUAAGGUUCAAAAGUUUAAGCAUCCCAUGAUCUUUCUAACAGAUGACUUGACCACAGUCAUGCGUCUUACUUCGCUAAAAUAUCGCUUGUCUAUGAUAAAAGUUAACACAUAUAAGACUUCCUCUUUCACAACUUAAACACACAUUUCACCUUUCCCCCCUGGCAACAUCUGACAAGACACGCUUUCAAAAUAACCUUUCCUUUUGCAAUCCAAAAAACAGUCCAGACAUCCAUUAAUAAAUUGUAGCAAUAAAACAUAGUUUCUUCUUAUUUCUUAGAGUAAAUAUUCUUCUUUGAUUAUAUUUUUAGAUGAUGAAUAAACAGCAAAAUGGCUGACAGCAUGUCAGUAGCAGGUUACAUAUGUUCACAGUCCUCCCUUUGGUGCUAGGACUUUCACCACAAAAAGCUCCGUGCAACACUUCCAUGUUUAGCGAAGGUCAUUCAGUGAGCUAGUGAUUUUAAACAGCACUUGCAGGACUUUCCAUAUAGAUGCGCACACGAUCAAUAUCUUCAGAGAAAGCAUGUCUGUAUUCCAAGUCGGUAUGAGUUGUGACCGGAUAGGAGACAUUUCAACAUUCGAAAUUGUGCCAGGGGGAGAUGAAGGUGAACAGCUCUUGAGGAUUAAUCGGCACGAACACUUUAGGACAUUCACUGCAACAUAUAUAAACACAAGCAUCAAUACUACUAAAAUAACUCCAAUAAGAAUACGUUUUCCCAUUGUUCCCAACCAAUUAGUUAAACCAAAACUCCAGUCAAAACCCCAAUUUAAACCUCCCGAAGAAGUAUCAUGAACUUCUCUAAGUUUAAUUUGUACUUCAUGCAAUUUAUCUACAUCUGUAUGAAUCUGACCAGUAACAUUAUCUAUCUUUAAACAACAUCUUGUUUUUAUUAGUGCACAAACACCACCUUUGGAGGCCAACAAAUAAUCUAGGGCGAACCUAUUUUGCAUAAUCAUAGCUGAAGCUUGUUCCUGUUCUGCAGACAAUUUUUCAAUAGCAUCUCCUGUAUUAUUAAAGGCUUCAUCUAGUAUAUCUCCUAACAAGUUUAAUUUGUACAUUAAUUCAAUAACCCCCCAUGUAGGUACAAAACCUGCAAAUAGCCUAUCUUCUUCACCAGAUUUUACAGUUCUUUCGGUUUUAUCUUUUUUGGAACUAAUAACCUUUCUUUUAUUCCUCACCCUUCCUUCAGGCAAAUUUUCAUGAAGGGUUAACGCUGGGAUAAUAUUACCUAGAUAACAAGUUUCCACCCAAUUACAUGGAAGUCUUUUUACCGCCCAACUACCACAUAAAUAGUAUACCCCAAAUGGAAGAUGAAUAUCAAUAACACGAGAAUCUGAGCAGUCAAAAAUAGGUUGAUUAAUAUAGGGCAGUAGCAUAAAAAGAUUGGAAGUUAAAGUUUGAGUAUUAAAGUAGGCCCAUCUCAAAAUAGUGACAUUUAAAUGUUCAUUCUGGUCAUAAUUAUUAUCCAUGAUUUCUACCUCAGAAGUCAAAUUUACCCAUACAUGAUUAGUAAUCACCGGGAUUCUAUCCUUGAUGGGACAUUUUGUUAAAAUAUCUUCUAAUAAGGGUUUCCAACAAAAAGCUUUCAAUCUACCAGUACAAGGGGCAGAAUUAGUUUCAGACCCACAUAGAUUAUAAAGGACAUUGUUUUCAAAAAUAACAAUAGCAUUGCUUAUAGGCUUAACAAUCUUGUCAGGACUUUUCUGAUCCCUGUUAGAAAUUACUACUGCUCUGCUAGUAAUGGGAUAUGUUAAAUGAACCUUAGCAGGUUCGCCAGAUUUGGAUACUUCAUUCUGAAUAAAUCCAACAAACCCCGUUUUAUUUGCUCUUACUCUCUCAUAAAGACCCAUAAAGAUUCCAUAGACCAUGGCACCCCCACAAAAGCAUAACCAUAGUUCAUGGAAUGCGGAGCAAACCCACAAACCCAACAAUGAUUACUUUUGUUUGACAAUUUAUACAAUUCAGUAGCUGUUUUAACGAAAUGAUUAUCUAUCUCCCAAGAAGAAAAAUACUUGGCUCCCUGGCCCAAGCUACACGUGUAUUAAAGAAAAAAAAAAAUGUUAAUGUAGUGUAGAGGAUGAAAAAUUAAAAAAAUUUCAUAAUGACAAUCAUUAAGGACAAUAUAAGUUUAACCAGUUUGAGAUUCAUGAAGAAAAACAGUAGAGUUGAUUUUGGAUUAGAAAGAUACUCCCCUUAAAAAGUACCCCUUUUUAGAAGGGAAAACGGCUUCCUUAGUCCUCUAUUCUUCUUCCAGUGAAAAAAUCUUUUCCAGCGCUUGUCAGUUUACAAUGGGAAAUGUGGAUCCAAGAUUUAACCCCUGCGACUUUAACAGCUGAAUUAGUGGUUAAUAACACUUGACAAGGUUCUUUCCACCUUGGUUGCAACGCGUGCUUUCGUGAAUGGUCUUUUAUCAUAACAUAAUCUCCAGGAGCGAUGGCAUGCAAAGGUUGGUAUUCACUUGUUCGCUGUACAGCUUUUACCUGUAUAUAGAGAGACUAAUCGUUUUGUUAGCUACAUGCAAUACGUCAUUACUAAAUCAUCAUUUAUCUCAUGAGAAUAACAUUUUAUAGGUACCCGUCCUGUGAACAUUGGUCUUCCCAUUAGAAUUUCAUGAGGGGAUAACCCUGCUUUCGAGCUGGAGAGAAUCUCAUAGACAUUAAGGCAAGAGGAAGUGCAUUAAGCCACUUUAACUUUGUCUCUGCUACAAUUUUUGCAAUUUUAUUUUUCAAUGUUCCAUUGGCCCUUUCUACUGCUCCUUCUGACUGAGGAUGAUGAGAGCAAUGUAAAUGGUAAGGGAUUUGCUAAAUUUUUGCUAUCUGUUGCACUACUUUUCCUGUGAAAUGUGUUCCCUGAUCUGAGUAAAUGUGCCGAGGCAAUCCAUACCUGGGUAUAAAUUCUUGUAACAAUUUCUUAGACACUGUAGACAAUAUCCGCAUGGCAACAAGGAUAAGCCUCAACCAAACCUGAGAAUGUAUCUAAUAUUACUAGCACAUACCGAUACUGCAUUACCUUUGGUAAUUCAAUGAAAUCCAUUUGUAAAUUUACAAAUAGACCUCAUGAACAGGGAGGAUGAUUUAGCUGCUUAAUCUUAGGUCUCUGACCUGCAUUGUAUUGUAAACAAAUAACACAUGAAGAACACACCAGUGCCAAUACAGAUUCUAGGCCCAGCCUUGACCAUUCAGAAUUAAACAAUGAUGGCAAUGCUGGUCUUCCACUAAAUAUACACUCUCCCCACCAAAAUCACUUACUUCUUCUUCCCUCGGUAUCACAUACAAUUCAUUUACUUUCAAAUGUACCAUAGGUUCUGGACCUUGGGUCACUGGUACACUAACAAUACAUAUUCAGACCCCAAUCUUCCUCUACAUCUAGUCUGUCUUUUUCUUCUAAUUGCUUUCUUGCCCCCUUUACCUCCUUGCAAUCUGUUGCUAUAUGACCAAAUCCAUCACAAUUGAAACAUUUGAUAAAUGUUCUUACAUUAUUCUGUGGGGGUCUUCUGGCUGUGUUUUGUCUUGGCUGAUGUGCAUAAUAUCUAACAGGCAUUUGUUCAGCUUGUAGCAUAACGUGCUCAGCUUUUGCAUUUUCCUUGAUUUGAAUAGCUUGUCAAAUUUCUGAUGCUGCACUUAAUACAAUAUUAAGUGAUUUAUCCCGCCAUCCCAGUAAGGAUAACAUCAAUUGUUUUUUUACUUUAGCAUCCAAACCAUUUACUAAGGUAUUCACUAUGAACGGCUUAAUUGAUUCAACCGUGAUAUCUUCAAAACUUCCAAAAACCUUAAUUGCUUCCGCAUAUUCAUAGGGGUUUUCUCCUUUCUUUUGCACUAUGCUAUGUAUAGUCAAUAGGCUGGGUAAAAACUGUUUUUACUUUGAUGCUGAGGAAUGCAUACCAAUUCUUAAGGACAACAUCACUCCUCUCAUCAGGGCAAUUUUCCCAUAUGUGUGCAACUGCUUGUCCCCCACCCCUGCAGACCAUGAAAAAGGUGACUCGUCAUAUCCUGCCACCCAUUUAGUAUGUUCUGCAGGGGUUAAUACUGUCUCCAUUAACUCAUUAAGAUCUUAUGUUGUGGGGAAAUAGCUGGCACACAUUAUUUUUAAAUGUUUUACAAACCCAUUUGGAUCUAGAGGGGGCAGGAAAUGAUACCUAUAAAAAUGCUAUGUCUUGUGGGCUCCACGGUUGACGAAUCCUCCGUGGUCUCCCAUCAUUAUCCAUCUGUCCCACUUCUCUAAUAGGUAAAAUCAUAGCCUCACUCCCAUCACUCUCAGGCAACACAUUGCUACAUCCUGAUAGUAACCACAGCAUGAUCAGCAAAUCUUUUAGGCAGUCUAAUAUCCCUCUCAGGUCUACCACCUCAAUGCAACAUGGCUGAGGCACCAGCUAAAUUUUGGGGUACAAGCUGUGGUGCAUCAUUCAUCUGCUGAGGGGAAGUGACCCAAAGAGGGAUUCAUAAUCUCAUGAUUAAUCAAAAAAUCCUCAUCAUUAUAAGGCGGAGGAUUUUUAACAUUUCUUUUUAAAUUGUACAGUGAGGGAUACAAACAGGCAACACCAGUACCCUCUCCUUUACAUGCCCCUCCUGUUGCACCUGACUGGGGGGAACAUUCUUGCUUUUUCUUUUCAAUUUCCUCAUGCCAUAACAUAUAUGCAGACCAUUCCAGUUUUGAAAGACUUUUUCCAUUUAACAACAUUGUUCUUAAACUUAACAACACCCAAGGGUCUAAUGACCCCACCACUGGCCAUGGAUUUAUAUUAUUCUUAGUUAACUUUGCCCAUUUCUUUGAAUACAUAAUAUUUGAAGGGCCAUAUUUCUGUUUCAUUAAAUAAACUGGGGAAUCACUGGGUAUACUAUCCCCAUGAUCAAGCUGCUUGCCAUGAUUCAACCUCAUUUCUGUUACUUGUACUUUUACACACCACUAUAUCACCUUUUGAGAGAUCGAAAGGUCACAAUUUUCAGUCUGUAUACUGACUGACAACUGGAGUUUACACAAAAAUCUCUUCUCAAAUGAUGUCACAGUUUAUCAAACUUUAAACCAUAUACACACAGUUAUGCAAUUUUAACACAAUACAUCUUACUCAAGUGCUACGUUUAACCUAUGAGUUUAAACAGUUAAUACAAGACAACUUAACUUCACCUUGCUACGUUUAGACUGGGUGAAAUUAAGACAAUAAAACAAAAUAAUCUAAUCUCGCUUUGCUACGUUUAGACUUGGGAGAUUAGAUUCAUGUGGCUAGCCAAUUAAUACAAGACAACUCAAUCUCACCUUGCUACGUUUAGACUGGGUGAAAUUAAGACACUAAAACAAAAUAAUCUAAUCUCGCUUUGCUACGUUUAGACUUGGGAGAUUAGAUUCAUGUGGCUAACCUCAACAUUUAGCCACAAUCACAUGACAGGGAUACAUCAUAUCAAAGAGACUCUCACCAACAGAGCUACGUUUAGACUUCUGAAGGCCCACCAAACCCCUAUUGGGUCUGCGAAGUUUAGUCACUUAAGUCUUCCUAGGGGACUACCUGUCAGUGCUACCACUGAUUCUAGAAUCACUCAGACAUAGACACUAAUACUGCAGUAUAUUUUACAACAUAAACAUAAAUAGUAACGUUACAAAUGGUCAAUAAAAGGCUAAGAAAUCAGGUCACACAGACUAGCAUUUACCUGCACCGUUCUUUGUUUCAUGGACACUCAAAAAUUACACUAAUGCCAUGUUUUAUAAAUGGUAUGGCUUACCUUUUAUAUGACCGGUCUGUUUGAGUGCCCACGAAAUGGUUGGCAGGUGCAGGUGUUCCGCUGGUGUCUGUGGUAUUCUGAUCCCGGACAAAGAGCCCCCAACUGUGGAAGUAGACAAAAAUAUUACCAGGUUCAAUAAAAAGCGUUUAAUUGACCAUUACAAUACACAGAGAUAUCUCAUGGAGAUUGGCAAGAAGCAAUCUAACAUCAUGUUACAAUUCCUCAUAUUUUAUACAUAUGACCCGGAACUGGCCUUUCGUUUAGCUUGAAUCAGAACUCCAAAUAUGGUCUUAUUUCCUAUUGGCUAAAUUCUAGCAUAACUGACAAAUUUAAGGUUCAAAAGUUUAAGCAUCCCAUGAUCUUUCUAACAGAUGACUUGACCACAGUCAUGCGUCUUACUUCGCUAAAAUAUCGCUUGUCUAUGAUAAAAGUUAACACAUAUAAGACUUCCUCUUUCACAACUUAAACACACAUUUCACCUUUCCCCCCCUGGCAACAUCUGACAAGACACGCUUUCAAAAUAACCUUUCCUUUUGCAAUCCAAAAAACAGUCCAGACAUCCAUUAAUAAAUUGUAGCAAUAAAACAUAGUUUCUUCUUAUUUCUUAGAGUAAAUAUUCUUCUUUGAUUAUAUUUUUAGAUGAUGAAUAAACAGCAAAAUGGCUGACAGCAUGUCAGUAGCAGGUUACAUAUGUUCACACUCAGAUUCUAAAAGAUAAAUUAAUUGAAAAGAAGUAAAAUACCCCCACCUUAGACACUCUAAUCGAAAAUAUAGGUACCCUUGAAAGAAAUACUCUUCUGGAAUAUAAACCGAAACAAAAACAAGACAUAGUGCUUCCUUUAGUUUUUAAUUACAGCAACAAAAGUAACUAAAUGAAAAAAAUUAUCAAUAAACAUUGGGAUAUACUUAAGGAGGAUGAUAUACUGAGAAAGAUCCUACCGUCCAAACCCAAAAUCGUAUUCAGAGGAGCUCCUAAUCUCAGAUCCUUCCUAACUACAAAUUACACAAAAAUAUACUAAACAAAAAAACACUUAAAAAAAAAAAAAAAAAACAAGGUUUCUUCAAAUAUAAAAUGUGUUCGGCAUGCAAAUACACAGAUAAUUCUUGUAAUAGUACUACUAAAUUUAAGUCAAAUAUCACUAACAAAGAAUAUAAAAUAAAUAAUUUCAUCACCUGUAAUACUAAAAAUAUAAUUUACGCAUUGGAGUGCCCUUGAGGUCUCCAAUACGUAGGCAUGACAACUAGAAAAUUUAAAACCAGGAUAGCCGAACAUUGCAGGAAGUGUUUGCUAACCAUACAGUGUCCAAACAUUUCCAAAUACACAAUAAUAAUCCUAAAUUCCUGAAUUUUUAUGCUAUAGAUCAUGGGUCGUCAACCUGGUCCCUACCACGUUUCAGGAUUCCAGGUGGGCGGUAGGGAUUUCGGCGGCUAAAUCCUCUUUUUAAGAGGAUAUUUCCUUUUGGGCGGGCGUGAGCGGCUCUGCGGGCGCAAGUUUUCAGUGACCGGCAGGAGGAAGUGCUCCCUCCUGCCAGGCCACCUUCUAGACCACCCGGCACGGUAGAGUUCUAAUCAGACGCGGUGAGGGAGCUCUAACCUCUCUGCUCUUCUCCCUCGCGGGAUGUUUGCAUCAGUAGACAGCCCGCGAGGGAGCAGAGCAGAGAGGUUAGAGCUCCCUCGCCGCGUCUGAUUAGCACACAGCCGCUCGCCGAAGUGAAGCCCCACCGGACCCCAGGGACAGAUCCACACCAGCUCUCCGGGCAGGGAGGCUGGGUGGACAUUUAAUAUUAAUAAUUUGUGUGUAUAUGUGUGUGUCUGUAAGUGUAUGUGUGUGUCUCUAGGUAUAUGUGUGUGUGUGUCUCAGUAAGUAUAUGUGUGUGUGUCUGUAAGUGUGUGUUUGUGUCUGUAAGUGUGUGUGUGUCUGUUUAUGUGUGUGUCUGUGUAUGUGUGAGUGUCUGUAAGUGCAUGUGUGAGUAUGUGUAUGUUUGUGUGUAUGUUUCUAUGUGAGUGUGUGUGUGUCUGUAAGUGUAUGUGUGAGUGUUUGUCUCUGAGGGUGUGUGUCUGUAAAUGUAUGCGUGAGUGUGUAUGUGUGUGUUUGUCUGUGAGCAGAGUACUUGUAGAAUAGAAGAAAGAAGGUGCAGAGUACUUGUAGAAUAGGAGAAAGAAGGAGUAGAGUACUUGUAAAAAAGGAGAAAGAAAGAAAGAAAGAAAAGUAAAAGGAGAGAAUUGUUGUUGACUAAUAAUAGUAAGUGGGCUACCGAGCUCAGCCUUCAUACUGGGCAUUGCUAUAAGGAAGGUUAAAAAAUAGAAAAAAGGAAGAAAUAAAAGGUGGGGAGGGGAAUUGAGGAGGGAGAGGAAGGGAGCUGACGCACUGAUGAUAAAUCAUAUUAUGAGCAAACAGAGAAAUCGUCUGAAUAUCACCGAAAGAGGAGACCUUCGUUUGUUCCUUACGAAAAUCGAACCAGAUAUCAAAUAUUUAGUCUGGCAGCAUCGACCUCAAGGAUCUCAUUAAUCACUAGUAAAGGUAAUUUCAAUUUACUUUAUUGCGUCCUCAUUAAACUUUAUAAAGUUAAAAACAUUAUAAAUAUGCAUAAAGUAGAAAUAAAAAGAUAAAUGUACGUAAAUUUUUUUUUAAAUGCCCUCCUUUCUAAAAAAUAUUCCGCACGUGCGCGAAAUCUUUCCAUCAAGAAACAUGCAUUAGUGGGCGGUAUGUGGAAAAAGGUUGACUACCACUGCUAUAUAUGUUUGCACUUUACCAUGGAGAGGUGGCAAUAUUAAAAAAAUCCUUGGGCAGUGUGAAAUGAAAUGGGUCUUUUACCUCAAAACUUUAAUUCCCACCGGGCUUAAUUCAGACCUUGAUCUGUACAAUUUUUUAUAACCCCCUUUUUUUUUUUUUAUAACCCUCGUUUUUAAUUAUAUAUAUAUAGAUUUUUUUUAUCAUUCCAUUUCCUCUUCCAUUGAUUGAUUAAUUUUUAGGUGACAAGUUGCCAUUUGUCACUGGCUGUCGGAGGAGCCUGAGUGCCAGCCUCCGGCCUCAUGACUAGGGCCCUGGGUUGUAUGGCACCUUACAAACCUUAUUUGGGCUAAUGGAUUUAUAUUGUGCUGCUGCUGGCCCUUUAAGACCUGCCUUGUGGGUUAUGGGACUGGUGCUGGCCCUUUAAGCACCUUCUUGGGGCAUAGGAAAAAUUGGGACACUGCCCCUUUAAGACGGUGUCCCCAGACUUGUUUGGGACACUGCCCCUUUAAGACGGUGUCCCCUGUGCCCCCAGACCUGGUUCAAACCCUUUGUGCAUGGCUAUUUCCCACUUGGUUCAGUAAAUGGGGCUCACUGAACCAAGUACCACACAGGCAGACCACCCUGAAGUGGAAGUGUGUCGGCAAUUUACCUCCCAGAAGCUGCGGUUAACCGCAGCUUAAUUGACAAUGCUGGGUGGCCUUUGUUCGUUUGCCGAACACGUGGCGGCGGCCAUCUUUGUUAAUGCGAACGAGGUCAGCGGUAUGUGUAGCCAAAUUCAUGGAACUAAAAUCGGCUACACAUUUCCGCGAACACCGCUGAGCUCUACCUUCUUCCAUACUGAUUUUACAGCUGCAGAGACUAAGUCCCAAUCGGCGAAGGGACUUAGUCGUUUUUUCAGCCUGAAAUAGACCGACCGCACAGCCCAAAUCUAUGGAACUGUUUUGGGCAGGAAAAUGUGCUUGCGGUCGGUCAUAAAGGGACCUCCAGCUAACUUUUUAACCCCUGGAUGGAUUUGGCUGAUUUUUAGUUAUGUUUAUGUUUAAAGUGUGCUGAUUAAUAAUAUGUAAUUAUGACGAUUGGAUGUGUAGUUUUAAAGUUACAGUGUGUGGAUACAAACUGUAUUUUUACUGCCUGUGUUAAUUAUGUUAAACCAUUGUGCAACAUAAUUAGAUCACAGGCAGAGGGGAGGAUUUUUGUGUGUAAUUGCUGGGAGUGUUUCUGUAAUGUACGUUUCUGAUUGGUUGUUGUGUAAAACCCUGUGGGUGGUCCUAUCUCAGGGAAACCUGCAUAAAAGAAGGUUCUUUGUGUGCCAAUAAACAGAUCAUCUUGUACCUUCAUGAAGUUUCGGCUCAUGUUUGGGGGGAUUGGAGAAACUACGCUCUGGGGAUUGCUAUAAUCACUAUACUCCCCAGGGUAUAAUCACCAAGCUCUGCUAAGAGCUUGUUCCUGUUCCUGCUCUCUGGAAUUCGGAGGGAGGUCGACCUACUGGAAGCUGGACCCUGGUCCUGGGUCCAGAGUGGGUGGAGACGGCGAGACCCCAACCAAGCUGCGGCGGUUCGUGGGGUCUGCAGUCGUUAUGGUGUCGGGCAGAGUUCUUGGAGUCCUCGGAAAGCACUAGGAUCAUACGUCGGCGGAAGGUACCCGGUUGGGGUGCCAGCGGUUCCGUUACACCUAUAGCUUUGUAUUCAAUUUUAACUUCUGUUUUACACUCAUUGUUAAUAUGAUUUAUGUGUUGUAAAUCUUUAUUUUUAAUUAAAUUUUUUAUGUGAAUUACACUUAUUAUUUUUCAUUAUUUAAUUUGCUUAAGACUGUAUCAUCUAGAUUUGUUAUUAUUAUAUGAAGUAUAUUUUUAAACUUGUAUUGGUAUUUACAAAGAUGCUCUUAGAUUCAGUUAUAACCAUGCACUCCAUUUUUUUGUAUUAUUUUGGUCCUUUUUACGCUGUUAUUUUUCCCUAAAUUAUACUUAUUAUUUUUAUCUAAUAUAGUCUAUGCAUAGACCAUAUUAUUAUUUUAGUGUCUUAUCUCAAUUUUUUUUAUUUUAUGUCUAUAGAGGGAGCUAUUGCUCCUCUUAUUUCUUUUAGUGUGUGUUAUUCCAGUUUUUUGCCUGUAGAGGGAGCUACUGCCCCUUUUAUCUCUGUUAUACAAAUUACCUGUCCACCAAUUUUUUGAUCCCCAGCUUAUCCAGGAAGAUGCCAUUUUGUUGGAGCCAAAUAAAGAUUUAAAAAAAUAAUAAUAAUGAAUUGGUCAUGUGACCAUGAUGUCACAAAACCGUUAUUUUCAAAAUCCUAUCCCUAUUUAAGCAGCUCAGGUCCCAUUCACUCUGUAAACACUUUUGAUAAAGCUUAUCCAAGGAGAAACACUUUAAGUGUAUUGUUUAUAACAUUUUUUAUCACUAUUUUUUAUCACUAAUAUUGUAUUACUUUUAUUAUUUUUUUUAACAUUAAAGAACUUUUUUAAUUGGACCUAACUUUGCUGCUGUUGGAUUGUUUGGAGCUAUAUCCCUGGUGGGGAUCAUACCACCCAAGCGCUUUGGAUUGAGCAAACCGGAACUUGCUCUUUAGCAUGCGAGUAGGUUUAACUUAUUUAUUUCUGCUUACACUCCUUUUUACGGUGUACACUAUUGUGGUUCUGUUUGUUUAUCUCCACAUAUACACGGACGGAAGAAUUUAUAUCUACACCUGUAUCCUUGAGUGGGGAUCAUACCACUUCAAGCGCUAUCAGAGGAGCCAGGUUUUGCGGCUCCAUUACACGUGAGUGUACAUUUUAUAGUUUUUACCUACCCUUGCUUCAUAGCUCUACAUACUUAACCAUUUACGAUUUUUAUUUGUUUGUUUUUAUGAGGAUACCCCCUACCAUACCUAUAACUCGAAGAAUUGCUUCUGCACUUGAUCCAUAGGUGGGGAUUAUUCCGCCCAGGCGCAUACACUGGAGCUGUAUUGAAGCUCCAGGAAAGUGUGAGUGCACAUCUUUUAUUUCACUUAUCACCACUACAGUUUUAAAUACUACACUAUUAUUUCUUCUCUGGCUCUCUUCACAUAUACCGUGACAAGGAUGACUGAAGCGCUGCACCUACCCCCUGUUUUUAUCCAGUUUUCUGAUCGAAAAGAGAGACUCCGUAUUGGUGUUCAAGCUGCUUUUGGACUUAUCACUUUUCUUCCGCGCUGAAUUUAUUUUUGUGUGAUUGGCAGAUACAAGAACCCUGCUAAAGGGCCUCCCAACUCCCUCCCCCUGCUUCCCCCUUUGUUAUGGGCCUACAACUUAAAUAUCUGCUACCCUGAAAUCGCUAGCGCCCAUCGCAUUCCCUUUAAAUAAUUGCGAAUUAAGCCUGGUUGCGAAUAGGCUGGACCUGCUAGACAUGAGGAAUCAGUUGGGCUUUCACCUCCACAUGGCGGUGUUCAUAACUACACUGAAUAUUGAUAGUGUUCAUGGCAUCUUUGAUCACACACACACAAUUCACUAGUUCAAUUUAUGUUUGUUUGUCAUGCAAAUUAAACUUGUGUUAUUAUUUCUUUCUAAAAAAAAAAAAAAAAGAAAAUAGGCCAUCUUGCCUAGGAGUUAUCCAACUUGGUAUAUCAAUGUUGAUGUGUUCACGACUGCAUAGAUUUACUAAGCUUGUCCUUCUGUAUCAAAUACUAUUUAGACUCCUUCUUGCUUGGCACAUGCCUCAAUAAAAAUACAGAUUGACAAAUUAAAAAUAAUUAAUCCAUGUAAGCCCAUCCAUGGAAGGUUCCAUGCAGAAUGAGCUGGAAAAGAGAUCUCUCACACUACAUAUGCUCCUUCCGAGCACUUUGAAAGGUAUAUUAUUAUUAUUAUGAUAUUUAUAGAGUGCCGUCAAAUUCCGCAGCGCUUUACAAUGGGUGGACGAACAGACAUGUAGUUGUAACCAGACAAGUUGGACACACAGGAACAGAGGGGUUGAGGGCCCUGCUCAAUGAGCUCACAUGCUAGAGGGAGUGGGGUAAAAUGACACAAAAGGUAAGGAUAGUAUUAGACUAGUGACAGUUGCAGAAGAGGAAUCAGUCAGGAGCUAUUAACAGUUUGAUAUGCUUUUAUGAAGAAGUGGGUUUUUAACGAUUUUUUUGAAGGAGUGGAGACUGGGUAAGCAUCUAACGGAGGAGGGAAGCGAGUUCCACAGGAAUGGUACAGCCCUCGAGAAAUCUUGAAGGUGAGCAUCAGAGGUGGGAGUACGGACAGAAGAUAGACGUAAGUCUUCAGCAGAUCGUAAGGGCCUCGACGGGACAUACUUGUGUAUAAGGGAGGAUAGAUAGGUGGGAGCAGCAUUAUGUAGAGAUUUAAAAGCAAGAAACAGAAUUUUAAAUUGAGCUCUAUAUUUUAUAGGAAGCCAAUGUAGGGACUGACAGAGGGGUGAGGCAUGGGAGGUGCUGGCGGACAGGAAGAUGAGCCUCGCCGCCGCAUUCAUUAUGGACUGUAACGGCGCUAGUUGGGAGCACGCAAGACCACUGAGAAGCGGAUUGCAGUAGUCAAGGCGAGAAAGGACAGUGGAAUGGACCAACACCUUAGUCGCAUCUGGCGUUAAGUAGGGGUGGAUGCGCGCAAUGUUUUUGAGAGGGAAAUGACAGGAUUUGGCGAUAGAUUGAACAUGAGGCUUGAAGGAGAGGUCGGAGUCAAAGAGAACACCUAGGCAGCUGGCCUGCGUGGUGGAGCUGAUGGUAGCACCGUUGACUUGGAGGGAGACAGACACAGGAGUAACAACACUUGAGGGAGGAAAGACCAGAAUUUCAGUUUUGGUCAAGUUUAGUUUAAGGAAGUGGGCAGCCAUCCAGUUAGAAACAGCAGAGAGGUAGUCAGAGACACUAGUCAAGUAUAUCUCACUUUUGUCAAUACUUGCGUGGGACUUUUAAUUAUUUGGUUUAUUUUAUUGCCCCCAUAGGCUUUUUUACAAAUAAUGAGUUAAUCAAUAAAACCUGGCUUUUAUCUCAAACUGCUCUGUUUGGCUGCUUGAAUUUUAGCUGAUAUGAAAUUCAAAUAAAUCAACCAAAAAAAGUCGAUGAUUAUCAACUUUUUUGCCAAUAGAAAUUAAUUGAGGUCUAUGUGAUCAAAAUAUAGCAGGGAACUCUUAAAUGUUUUUGUGUCAAAAUGUUUCCAAUAAGAUCCCUUUUUUUAAUGCAAAACCCUUGGCUGUUCAAAUAUCAUCAGUGAUAUUAAUCUCAGUAUAGAGCACAGUUGGAGAAAUUAAAAUAAAGAAUGCAUCUUAAUUAACAAUUAUGAAGGGUGCCAAUGCAUAGUAAAAAUAUUAUCUUUAUCUAUGAGGUAUGAGACCCCACCAUACGAAUCAAGUUAAUGUAUGUUUUCCAAUAUGACUGCAAUUGUGCUUGGCGGCCCGGAAGCGCUGCGCCUCCACGACUGAGUACCUCCGCUAAUCGAUGCUCCUAGUGCUCGCUGAGGACUCCAAGCACGCCAACCGAAACCAUCAGCACUGCAGACCCCACUUCCAGCAAUGCAACUGCGCCGGGGUCUCUGCUGUCUCCACCCACCCUGGACACAAGGCCAGGAUCGAGCUUCCAGUGGGUGAACCUCUCUUUCCCCAGAGAACAGGAACAAGCUCUUGGCAGAACUUAGUGAUCAUACCCUGGGGAGUAUAGUGAUUAUAGCAAUCCCCAGAGUGUAUUUCUCCAAUCCCCCAAACAUGAGCCAAGGCUUAAUGCUGGAACAAGACUGAUUUACUGGCACACAGAACUCACAAUUUAUGCAACACAAAACUCCUCCUCUGGGCCAGGCUAGAUAAUUGAGUUUCUAUAAUACACAAAGCUCAAUUAUCUGCUGGCCAGAAAUAAUACAGUUUCAUAAAACACAUCACAAGGACCCCAAAACAUGCAAUAACCCCAUAAAAAGUAUCCUUGGAACCGGGGGAUCUGGGUGAACCACAUAUCCAAAAUUCACCCAGAUCCGUUCAGUACUUUGAAAAAUACAGUUUAAUGCAGAUUCUGCAGAACAUAUACAGGCUAAAUGAAAAACAAUUACUGUAUAAUGUGUCCCCUGUUGUAUAGUUUAAAACUACUGCACGAUGUCUUUGUGUACCAAAUACCGGCGAGAUGGCACCGUGUAGAAAAGUCCAAACAGUGUCUGUGAGUAAAAAUGGCCGCCAUCCAUUGUUCUCACCAUGUGCUUCAUCCAUUGUUCUCACCAUGUGCCUCUGAUACAUGAAAUGGUGGCCACCCAGUAACUCCACAGUAUGUCCCCUGAUGGUUCUUAAAGGGCCAGCAGCAGCACAACACAAAUCCAUUAUGCCCAAAUCAUGUCUUUAAAGGGCAAUACAUCCCAGGGGCCAUAGUCACAGGGCAAGAGGCGGGCAAGCAGUCCUCUCCAGGCACAAGUGGCGAAAGGCACUUCGUCACAGUGCUUAUCUGUUUUUUUUUGAUGAUAUGCUCCCUUUUGUAAUUAAAGUGUUUAUUGAGAAUAUUGUAAUACAAAGUAUAACAAAUAAGAGAGUAGAAGAAGACAGCAACUAGUCCAUUUAUAGCACAACAAGAAAGGCAGGUUAGCAGAAAAAGCAAGAAAGAUGAAGAAUAUGAGAAACUAUAAGAAGGGAAUGAUGGGGUGAGACUCCUGACAGCUAGUGAUGCACCGAACGGUUCGCCGGCGAACAGUUCCCGGCGAACAUAGCGUUUUCGCGUCCGCCGCGAACGGCGAACACAUGCGCGGUUCGAUCCGCCCCCUAUUCAUCAUCAUUGAGUAAACUUUGACCCUGUACCUCACAGUCAGCAGACACAUUCCAGCCAAUUAGCAGCACACCCUCCCUAGCAGACCCUCCCACCUACUGGACAGCAUCCAUUUUAGAUUCAUUCUCAAGCUGCAUGCUUAGUGAGAGGGGAGGGAAAGUGUAGCUGGCUGUUGAUUAGAUAGUGGUUCUAAGGCUAGGUUAGGGUAUACAGUGUCCACUACAGUCCUGAAGGACUCGUCUGAUUCUGCUGUAAGUGACAGCACCCUCAAAAAAGCCUCCCUUCUUUAGGGCGAAUAUCAGUCUGCUUUUUUUUUUUUUUUUUUCUGUGUAAAAUGUGAAUUUUGCAGUUAGUUGUCUGCCACUGCUGUAAGCAGCUGCUUGUGUUGUGCCUACAGUGAUACUGUGCCCAGUAGCCACCACCACCUACUGGUGUCACAAUAGCUUGCAUUUAAAAACAAAAAACUUUUUUCACUGUUAUAGAUUGAAUAGCAGUUAGUUGUCUGCCACUGCUGCCAGCUUCUGUGUCAGGCUCACAGUGGAUACUGUGCCCAUUUGCCCAGUCAGUGCCACCACUCAUAUCUGGUGUCACAAUAACUUAAGCUUGACAUUUAAAAAGAAAAAAAAAAAUUCACUGUAAUAGAUUGAAUAGCAGUUAGUUGUCUGCAAGCAUCUGGGUGUCAGGCCUCCUUCAGCGUGUGCUCUGCAGACCUCUGCCCGUGUACUUUGCCACUCAUAUCUGGUGUCUCUAUAGCAUGCUUUUACAAAGAAAAAAGUUUUUCAGUGUAAGCUAAUAGCAGUCAGUGUCCUUAAAGCGGGUGUCAGGCCUCCUUCAGCGUGUGCUCUGCAGACCUUUGCCCGUGUACUUUGCCACUCAUAUCUGGUGUCUCUAUAGCGUGCUUUUACAAAGAAAAAAAGUUUUUCAGUGUAAGCUAAUAGCAGUCAGUGUCCUUAAAGCUGGUGUCAGGCCUCCUUCAGCGUGUGCUCUUCAGACCUCUGCCCGUGUACUUUGCCACUCAUAUCUGGUGUCUCUAUAGCGUGCUUUUACAAAGAAAAAAAGUUUUUCAGUGUAAGCUAAUAACAGUCAGUGUCCUUAAAGCGGGUGUCAGGCCUUCAGCGUGUGCUCUGCAGACCUCUGCCAGUGUACUUUGCCACUCAUAUCUGGUGUCACAAUAGCGUGCAUUUAAAACCAAAAAACUUUUUUCACUGUUAUAGAUUGAAUAGCAGUUAGUUGUCUCAAAGCUGGUGUGUCAGGCUCACAGUGGAUACUGUGCCCAGUGCCACCACUCACUCACUGGUGUCACAAUAGCUUGCAUUUAAACCAAAAAACUUUUUUCACUGUUAUAGAUUGAAUAGCAGUUAGUUGUCUCAAAGCGGGUGUGUCAGGCUCACAGUGGAUACUGUGCCCAGUGCCACCACUCACUCACUGGUGUCACAAUAGCGUGCAUUUAAAAACCAAAAAUCUUUUUUCACUGUUAUAGAUUGAAUAGCAGUUAGUUGUCUCAAAGCGGGUGUGUCAGGCUCACAGUGGAUACUGUGCCCAGUGCCACCACUCACUCACUGGUGUCACAAUAGCGUGCAUUUAAAAACCAAAAAUCUGUUUUCACUGUUAUAGAUUGAAUAGCAGUUAGUUGUCUCAAAGCGGGUGUGUCAGGCUCACAGUGGAUACUGUGCCCAGUGCCACCACUCACUCACUGGUGUCACAAUAGUUUGCAUUUAAAAACAAAAAACUUUUUUCACUGUUAUAGAUUGAAUAGCAGUUAGUUGUCUGCCAGCGGGUGUGUCAGGCUCACAGUGGAUACUGUGCCCAGUGCCACCACUCACUAACUGGUACCCGGACAAAAUUUAUUUUCACAAAAGGCAAUCCCCAACCUGUACUCAAUUGUGCAAAAGGAAAUAAUGGCAUGUCUGGCACACAGUGUUGGGGCAAGGGUCCAUCUGACCACUGAUACCUGGUCUGCAAAGCAUGGUCAGGGCAGGUAUAUCACCUACACUGCGCAUUGGGUAAACCUGCUGACGGCUGCCAAGCAUGGAAUGCGUGGCUCUGCAGAGGAGUUGGUGACACCGCCACGACUUGCAGGCAGGCCUGCUGCCACCUCCUCUACUCCUCCUACUCCAUCCUCUUCCAUAACCUCCUCGGCUGAGUCCUCUUCUGCUGCUGCGUCUUGCUCCACAUCAACGGAUAGGGGACGUAACAGGGAUUAAACUGAUAAGAAUAGUACUACUUAACACACCACUCCUAUCUGGUGGCACAUUAGAUUGCACGCGCAGUGCCCCAAAUUUGUUGUGAUCUGUGAGUAAGGUAAACGGUUGUCCAUACAAGUAAGGUUGCAGCUUUUUGAGGGCCCACACCACCGCCAGGCACUCCUUUUCAAUGGCAGUGUAUCUACUUCCCUGGGCAAAAGUUUCCAGCUUAGAUAAGCCCCGGGUUGCUCGCCGCCAUCUGCUCCGACUUGGCUCAGUACUGCUCCCAAUCCAAACAUAGAAGCGUCUGUAUGGACGAGAAAGCGUUUAGUUGGAUCAGGAGCAGAAAGUACAGGUGAUUUAAUGAGCGCCGUCUUGAGCUGUUGGAAGGCCUGUUCACACUCUGGGGCCCAUACUACUAUCUUAGGGAGGUUUUUACGCGUUCCUAUAUGGCAUUUACUGGGCUUUAGGGUCAAUCCAGCCUCCCUAAUCCGGUCUAGUACGGCUCCUAUGUGGGUCAGGUGUUCUGGCCAGGAGCAGCUAAAAAUGGCUAUAUCAUCCAAGUAGGCGCAGGCAUACUCCUGAAACCCAUCCAGUAGCCGAUCUACCAUCCUCUGAAAGUUAGCCGGGGCAUUCUUCAUCCCGAAUGGCAUGGCCUUAAACUGAUACAGGCCAAACGAGGUGACAAAUGCCGACUUGUGGAUGGCAUCCUCGGCUAAUGGAAUUUGCCAGUACCCCUUGCACAGAUCUAUUGUGGUGAGGUACUGGCCUCUGGCCAUUUUGUCUAGGAGCUCGUCUAUCCGGGGCAUAGACGAGGCGUCUGAGGUUGUUUUAUCAUUUAGCCUCCGGUAGUCUACACAGAAACGGGUCGUGCCGUCCCGUUUCGGUACUAGUACUACCGGGGAGGCCCAGGGGCUGUCAGAGUGUUCUAUCACCCCUAACUGCAUCAUUUCCUCAAUUUCUUUCUGAAUAUUUUCUUUAACUGCUUCGGGUAUGCGAUAGGCGGUUUGGCGAAGGGGGGUCUGGUCUAGGGUUUCAACUUUGUGAGUGGUUAAUGGACUGUACCCAGGUAGGUUGGAAAACGUGGCCCCCUUGUCCUGGAUUAGUCUUUGGACCUGGGUUCGCUCCUGGGGGUCUAACCGUUCUCCUAACUGUACUUCUCCCAGGUCUCCGCUCUGGCCCUCUAGGUCUAGGAGAUCUGGGAGUGGCAAAUUAUCAUAAUCUUCAGUGGCAGGUGCACAGAUCGCGGUUACCUCUUCCGUGCGCUCGUGGUAUGGCUUGAGCAUGUUCACAUGGAGCAUGCGCUUGCCUCCCGUGCCUGUGACCGCACCGAUCACAAAGGUGGUAUCACAAACCUGCUCUACCACCUUGUAUGGGCCCUGCCAGGAAGCCUGCAGCUUGUCCUUGUGGACAGUGUCAAUCCAUAUCUGCCAAGUGACCCUAUGUAGGGGGAACAGUCUCUAUUCUGCUCUGUGUCAGUGUGUAUCAUGGUCUCUGAGGACAGGUGUCAAUUCAUAUCUGCCAAGUGACCCUAUGUAGGGGGAACAGUCUCUAUUCUGCUCUGUGUCAGUGUGUAUCAUGGUCUCUGAGGACAGGUGUCAAUCCAUAUCUGCCAAGUGACCCUAUGUAGGAGAACAGUCUCUAUUCUGCUCUGUGUCAGUGUGUAUCAUGGUCUCUGAGGACAGGUGUCAAUCCAUAUCUGCCAAGUGACCCUAUGUAGGAGGAACAGUCUCUAUUCUGCUCUGUGUCAGUGUGUAUCAGGGUCUCUGAGGACAGGUUUCAAUCCAUAUGUCAAGGUGUCAAUAUGUCAUAUGUCUGGUGUCAAUCCAUAUCCAUUGUGAUUUAGGAAUGUUAGCCGAUUUAUGCCCUUUAUGGAUUAAGACCAGACUCUGCAUCAACUGUGUAAUUUUCCAUGGGAGUUUUGCCAUGGAUCCCCCUCCGGCAUGCCACAGUCCAGGUGUUAAUCCCCUUGAAACAACUUUUCCAUCACUAUUGUGGCCAGAAAGAGUCCCUGUGUGUUUUAAAAUUCGCCUUCCCAUUGAAGUCUAUGGCGGUUCGCCCCGGUUCGCCUGUUCGCGAACAUUUGCGGAAGUUCGCGUCCGCCGUUCGCGAACCGAAAAUUUCGUGUUCGGGACAUCACUACUGACAGCCAGUGUGAAACCCUCAGGCACGUUUUUUGCCCACCGGAGUCCCAGCAGAAAAGACAAACAGGCUACAGGAGAAGGAGGCAUAAGGUUGAUCCAUGCCUAAAAUAAAUUUCCAUCCAGCGUAACCACAUUUUCUAAAAAUCCUCAUUAGUUUCAUGUUGCAAUUGUCAGCUCCAUUGUAAUAACAUACCAUAUCUAAGCAUCUAUCCAUACUUUGGAUGGAGGACCUGCCUUAGAGCACCCUAAAGAUAUGUUUAUGGUAAGAGCAUGGGCAAAGAGAUCUGCAUGUAAUCUCUGUUAAGAAGUUCCACCCACAGGAAGAAGGUAACUCCCAAACAUCCUGAAACCCUCAAGGGUUUAAUCUGACUGCAGGUCCACCAGCAUGCAAAUUGGAAACAGAGAAAGACUGCUUCUGGUUUGAUUUUGAACAAUCUAGGAGGGUGUAGAUGCCAUUUGGCGGUGACUUUAAAACUAUUUUCUUGAACCAAGGUAAAGGAAGUAAUGUGCAUUGUGUGAUCUAGAUAUCAGACCAAGCUGUCUAAUCAAGCUUCUCCCAUAAUUCUAUUACCCAUCUAAGUGAAUUGGUAAGGAUAAGAUAGAGAAAUUAAGUGAGAAUAUAAAAUUGAUAUCAGACCCACAAGUCUGCACAUGUGCUCAUAAAAGUUGGUUUUGUCCCCGGGGUAGGACAUUAAAAUGGAGCUGAAGAUGCUGAAAAGCACAGAAGACCGAGGUCAUCUUGAGCCUAUGUCACUCCCAUAGUUGCAAGGAGUGUUUCAGUGCUGGGCUAGGGUGACACACUGAGAGGGUGGUGUUAGGAGGCCACAUGAACUCUUGGGCCUGUUUGACCAAUUCCCUCCUCCAAGGCCACCCAACAUGCCUUGUCUAAGGCCAGGUUUAUUUGAGGCAACAUUGCAAAUUUGUCUUGCCUUAUAUUAGGUAGGUAUAGUAGGGACCUGACCUGCAGUGUAAGGUUUGGUUGAGCACUAGAGUUGAGCGGACACCUGGAUGUUCGGGUCCGGUGGGUUCGGCCGAACUUUGAAAAAAAGUCUAGGUUCGGGAUCGAACUUGACCCCGAACCCCAUUGAAGUCAAUGGGGACCCGAACUUUUGGGCACAAAAAUGCCUCUAAAAAAAUCCUGGAAAGGGCUGGAGGGCUGCAAAAUGAAGUAAGAAGGGGGGAAGAGUAGGACAAGUGCCCUGCAAACAAAUGUGGAUAGGGAAAUCACUUAAAAUAACAUAAAAAUUUAAAAUACAGCUGAGCCAUAAUAUAGCACAAGAUGGAAUCUUUGAUUUUAGCUUUGGAAGAACAUAAAUCAAAAUCUAAAGCAUGGCUGUUAGGAGGAUCACCAGAAUUAUCCAUUUGAGAGAGGGUUGGAGUGCAGGGUAUUCUCUUUCAUUCUUCAAACUGAGCUCAACUCCUGAUGCAUGGAGAAAAGGCCUUCACAAGCCUUUGCUAUUGUGUACAUAGUUUAUACUAAAUGACCCAUAGGUUGAGGAGGCGGUGACCGUGUCGAUGUAGGUGGAAGCAGCGGUGGAGGAGGAGGAGGUAGCCAACACAGUUUUUUAUGUUUUUUUUUUUAAUUGGGGUAGCCCCCAAAAUAUUGGGACAUAUAAAAAAAGACAACCCUGUUCCGCAGAGCGACUGACCCGUGCGUACUGAAACUCCACUAUCGCCUGCUGCUGCUCGCACAGUCUCAUGAGGCGGUGAGCGGGAAGGCCAAAGUUACGCUGCAGCGCAGACAGGCGAGCAGCAGCAGGAGAUGAGGAGGAAGUGCGCAAGGAGGUGUAAUGGCGCCUGGCAUAUUACCGAGAGCCACCCUCAGAGGAGAUUGUCAGCAGGACCUUUUUGGAGGUGCAAGCCUAUGUCCUUGCCAAUAGACAGAGGGCGACCUCCAUGAACCCAGAUGAAGGAAGAAGGGAGCAGAGGGCGCCAGGAAGCACAACCACUCUGGCCCACAAGCUACCAUACAAUACAACUCUUUAGAGGCCCUGUAAUUGUAAUGAGUCCACUUGAAAUCCUUUAACUCUGAUCAAUUAGAGGGCAAGUCUCGUGCAGAGCGACUGACCCGUGCGUGCUGCAGCUGAAACUCCACUAUCGCCUGCUGCUGCUCGUACAGUCUCUCCAGCAUGUGCACGGUGGAGUUCCACCUUGUGGGCACGUCGCAUAUGAGGCAGUGAGCGGGAAGGUCAAAGUUAUGCUGCAGCAUAGACAGGGGAGCAGCAGCAGGGUGAGAAUGCUGAAAGCGCGCACAGCUGCUACAGUGAACGUCACAUCCUGUUCCUAGUUGCAGAUCAGUCUGGUGAUGGCUUCUGAUAUCCAGUACUCUUUUUACUGAAGCUGCAUCAGGGUCCUGGUAUGUGGCCGCACAAAUGCUGGUGUUCAACACCAGGGGGCCUGUGGUUACCCUGCACCAGACCAUGCUAAUCCAUUCCACACUGUGACUCCUAACUUCAACAUCAGGCAUACAGGGUCCCGGUUGUCCAACCGCUGCCCAGACAGUGUCUGGGUCCCGGUCACCGGACUGCGAAACUGCGAAUGGCUCGUUAAAUCUGUUAUGGUUCCUUUUAUCGCUCCAUCUGUUACUUGGAUAACUGUGGGAAUUCUGAAGAUAAUACAUGCCGACGAGCGCUAGGGGACGGCUGCUCUGCUUUUUCACCCUGCUCCCUCUUAUGCUGUGCUGGUGCCUCUGUGCGACCAGCGCUUUUUCCUCCAAACUGCACACGUCACUCGCAUGACCUUGAUUCCAUGUGGGGUCUAGGACCUCAUCAUCCUCCACAUCAUCUUCCACCCACUCCUCAACCCUGCCCUCCUUGCCGGUCUGCACACUGCAGAAAGCCACAGCAGUUGGCACUUGUGUUUUUCCAGCAUGUAAAGUCUGCAAAGGACGUGUGGAAAUUGUUUUAGAAUUGUAUCCAGGCAACAGUUUUCCCUAUAAACUGACGUCUCAGUUUGACUUGUGAGGGUAUUGCCCCGAAUUACAAUAUUGUUAUAUUGGUAUUUGGCGGUUCUAUUUGACUCUCAGAUAUGAAGUGCAUCGCAGGCCGCAAAUGUACUAUUUAGCAGCCAAAAAAUUUGAAUGUUUAAAAAUGCUAUGUCACAGCAGUAUUUGACGCUUCUAUUUGACUCUCAGAUAUGAAGAGCACGCCCAAUCUGUACUAUUUAGCAGUUUAGCAGCAAAAGAAUUAGAAUUUUUACAACUACGCUGUAAGCGCACUAUUUGAUGCUUCUAUCUGACUCUCAGAUAUGAAGAGCAGGGCCCAAAUUUACUAUUUAGCAGUUUAGCACCCAGAAAAUAAGAAUGUUUACAAUUGCGUUGUAACCGUACUAUUUGGUGCUUCUAUUUGACUCUCAGAUAUGAAGUGCACCGCAGGCCGCAAAUGUACUAUUUAGCAGCCAAAAUUUUUUAAUGUUUAAAAAUGCUAUGUUACAGCACUAUUUGACGCUUCUAUUUGACUCUCAGAUAUGAAGUGCACCCCACUAAUGUACUAUUUAGCAGUUUAGCAGCAAAACAAUUAGAAUGUUUACAACUGCGCUGUAAGCGCACUAUUUGACGCUUCUAUUUGAGUCUCAGAUAUGAAGAGCACUCCCCAAAUUUACUAUUAAGCAGAUUAGCACCCAGAAAAUAAGAAUGUUUACAACUGCGCCGUAAGCGCACUAUUUGGUGCUUCUAUUUGACUCUCAGAUAUGAAGUGCAUGCCGCAAAUGUACUAGUUUGCAGAAUUCUUUCCUAAGCUGUCCCUCACAGCGGCAGCAUCCUCUCCCUACACUAAUAAGACCUCAUGUGCGUACGGCGCUAUGCGACUCCAGCUUAUAAAAGUACACUAAUGUACUUUCAAUUUAAGUUUUAAAACUGCAAUGUGACAGCAGUAUUUGAUGCUUCUAUUUGACUCUCAGAUAUGAAGUGCACCCCACUAAUGUACUAUUUAGCACCCAAAAAAUUUACUUUUUAAAACUCCGAUGUGACAGCAGUAUUUGACGCUUCUAUUUGACUCUCAGAUAUGAAGUGCACCCCACUAAUGUACUAGUUUGCAGAAUUCUUUCCUAAACUGUCCCUCACAGUGGCAGCAUCCUCUCCCUACACUAAUAAGACCUCAUGUGCGUGCGGCGCUACGCGACUCCAGCUUAUAUAUAGAGGCUGGGUCACAUGCUGCACUGUCCAAUCACAGCCAUGCCAUUAAUAGGCAUGGCUGUGAUGGCUUCUAAGGGCACAUGAGUCAAACGCUUGUUGAUUGGCUGCCCUGCAGCCUUUCAAAACGCAUCAUUAAAUCGCUGAACACCGAACUCCAACCCGAACAUACAGUGAUAUGUCCGUGUUUGUGUCCAGGGUCCAAAAAACGUAAUGUUCGGUACGAACCCGAACUUUACAGUCCGGGUUCGCUCAACUCUAUUGAGCACCUUGCGUUUAGAAUGGUUAAACUUGUGCAAUAUGGCAUAGUAGUUAGGUAAGGGAAUCAAGGGUGAUAUAGAUCCAAAUAUUAAUCUUUGUUAUAGUCAGAGGAGGCCCAAAUUAUUAUUAUUUCAAGUGCACUUGGAGGAGCAUGAAUUCAGACACCAGACAACUGUUGGUAUUCAAAAUAAGCCUCUGACCUUUAUUUUGUCAGUUGUGUUUUUAUACAUUAAAAAUUAAGUGCUUACGUGCAAAUACUCCUAGAACAGUAGUAGGAAGGGAGUGAUAAGAGUACAGAUAAGACAUAGGGAUGAACGUCAUGUACGUAACAAAUAAGUUCCUAGAAAGAGAAAGAACAGACUGAUUGAGAAGAGACAGCUCAGGUGGGGGCUUUCUGCUCCCGGAACUAGACAUAUAUGGUCUUAAGUGUCAUUUUAAGCAUCAGGCAUUUCCUGAGUCCAAGUUAGCCAAUUUUAAUAUAGGAUAUCUAAUAUGACACCUACAAGCCUGAACCUUGGAAUCAAAGUAAAUUCUAUACCAAGGAUUGGUCAGAGGCGGGAGGAUAUCAUCAAGUAAGUAACUCAGUUUGUACUCUUCACUGGGUUUUCAUCUUCUACUAAAAUAUAUAAUGGACAGUAUACAACUCAUGCUAUUGUUCAUCCUGACCUUUCUGUCUCCACAGAGUGACCUAACGCAGGACAUUAGCACCUCCAUACUCUGGGUAAAUAACAAAGCUCACAUGGUGACUCUGGAUUACACCGUUCAAGUUCCGACUCAUGGCGAGUCGGUGCCAGAAUUAAGGUAUAAAAUUGCAAUGUUUAAUAAAACCGUUACAAUGUUUAUUAUUUGUAGCAUGUUACAAAUCUUGUUCACUUGGAUUUCAGAAAAUGGUCUCAGUCUGAAAUGUUAUAUCAUAUCCCCCUCUCUUCUUCCCUCCGAGCUAUACAUGUUUAUGGCUUUCAGUCUGUUCCAUCAUAUUCCCCUCUCCCUACUCCCUCCAAGCUAUAUAUAUUAAAGGAACACUAUAGUCACCUAAAUUACUUUAGCUAAAUAAAGCAGUUUUACUGUAUAGAUCAUUCCCCUGCAAUUUCACUGCUCAAUUCACUGUUAUUUUGGAGUUAAAUCACUUUGUUUCUGUUUAUGCAGCCCUAGCCACACCUCCCCUGGCUAUGAUUGACAGAGCCUGCAUGGAAAAAAAAAACUGGUUUCACUUUCAAACAGAUGUAAUUUACCUUAAAUAAUUGUAUCUCAAUCUCUAAAUUGAACUUUAAUCACAUACAGGAGGCUCUUGCAGGGUCUAGCAAGCUAUUAACAUAGCAGGGGAUAAGAAAAUCUUAAUUAAACAGAACUUACAAUAAAGAAAGCCUAAAUAGGGCUCUCUUUACAGGAAGUGUUUAUGGAAGGCUGUGCAAGUCACAUGCAGGGAGGUGUGACUAGGGUUCAUAAACAAAGGUAUUUAACUCAUAAAUGGCAAAGGAUUGAGCAGUGAGGCUGCAGGGGCAUGUUCUAUACACCAAAACUGCUUCAUUAAGCUAAAGUUGUUCAGGUGACUAUAGUGUCCCUUUAAUGGCUUUCAGUCUCUUUUAUCAUAUCCCCCUCUCAGUUCUCCCCCCCCGAGUUAUACAUAUUAAUAGCUUUCAGACUGUUUUAUCAUAUCCGGCUCUCCCUUUGAGCUAUACAUAUUAAUGGCUUUCAGUCUAUUUUAUCAUAUUCCCCUCUCCCUUCUCCCCUCGAGCUAUACAUACAGAUGUGCUCAAAAGUUUGCAUACCCUGGCAGAAAUUGUGAAUUUUUGGCAUUGAGUUUGAAAAUAUGACUGAUCAUGCUAAAAAAAAUGACUUUUAUUGAUUUAUAGUGUUCAUAUGAAGCCAUUUAUUAUCGCAUAGUUGUUUGGCUUUGUAGCGGACCACGGGUAACCCGACCAGUUUCCUCCGCUUUUUCCCUUCAUUCAGCUGAAUAUGAACCAUUUAGAAUAUAAAGAGACCCAUCCCCCCCCCCCAGUAACUGGACGACACACAGUCCUGGAGGCAGGGCCGUCUUUAACGCGGGGCAAACGGGGCAGCUGCCCCGGGCCCAGUUUCUCUUGGGGGGCCCGAGGCACCUGCACCGGCCCCGCUGACCCCGGCGGGCGGGUGGCCGGUCGGGCAGGAAGGCGGGCGCGCGAGGGAGCACUCACUGCUUCCUCUUCAGUUCCUCACCUCGCUGCGUUCGACGUGGUCACCCGCUUCCAGGGAGCCCAGCAGCACCACUGGACCUGAAUCCCCCAGCACUCCAAAAGGUAAGGAGGUUAGGUAUUACAUUUUUUAAAAAAUGUGUGUUUGUGUGUAUGUGUGUGUAUGUGUGUGUUAGUGUGUUUGUGUGUUAGUGUGUGUGUUUGUGUGUUAGUGUAUGUGUUUGUGUGUAUGUAUGUGUGUGUUUGUGUGUGUUAGUGUAUGUGUUUGUGUGUUGUGUAUGUGUGUGUUAGUGUAUGUAUGUGUGUGUUUAUGUGUGUUAGUGUGUGUGUUUGUGUAUGUGUGUUUGUGUAUGUGUGUUAGUGUGUGUGUGUUUGUGUGUUAGUGUGUGUGUGUUAGUAUGUGUGUUAGUGUGUUUGUGUGUUAGUGUAUGUGUGUGUUAGUGUAUGUGUGUGUUAGUGUAUCUGUGUGUUAAUGUAUGUGUGUGUUAGUGUAUGUGUGUGUGUCAGCAUGUCUGUGUGUGUGUCAGUAUGUCUGUGUGUGUGUGUCAGUAUGUCUGUCUGUCUGUGUGUCAGUAUAUAUGUGUGUGUAUAUCUGUGUGUGUCAGUAUGUGUAUGCGUCAGUAUGUCUGUCAGUGCGUCAGUAUGUCUGUUAGUGCAUGUGUAUGCAUGUGUCAGUAUAUCUGUCUGUGUGCCAGUAUGUCUGUGUGUGUGUGUCAGUAUAUCAGUCUGUGUGUGUCAGUGUAUGUGACUGUGUGUGUGUGUGUCAGUAUUUCUCAGUGUAUGUGGGUGUCAGUAUAUCUGUCAGUGUGUGGGUGUCAGUAUUUCUGUCAGUGUAUGUGUGUCAGUAUGUUGAUCAGUGUAUGUGUCUGUGUGUGUGUGUCAGUAUGUCUGUAUAUGUGCCUGUGUCAGUAUGUCUGUCAGUACGUCUACCAGUGUAUGUGUCUGUGUGUGUGUCAAUAUAUGUACCUGUGUCAGUGUGUCUGUCAGUGUAUGUGCCUGUUUAUCUGUAUGUAGUCAGUGUAUGUAUCUGUGUAUCUGCUUGUGCGUCAGAGUGUGUACCUGUGCAUCUGAGCCGCAACUUUAAAUACAAAUACACCCCUCCAUUCAAACUUCAACACUACAUAUAAAACACACUCCUGCAUUGAAACGUCAACACUACAUACAAGCACACUCCUACAUUCAAAAACAAACACUACACAUAAAUGCACACUUGCAUUCAAACUCCAGUACCACAUACAAACACAUUCACACAAACAUACUCCAUACAAACACAUGCUUACAUUCAAACAUACUAACAUGGCUCAGUGCUAAAUACAACCCUGCAAGCAUGGGAAAUUGGUAGAGUCCCAGCUGUCAAAGCAUUGUUGGAGUUGCACGACAGAUGGGGUUCUACCUUUAGUCCAACCUUGCAAUUGGGGGUCCCAAUAAAAUUCAUUCUACUUUAGUACCGCCACUGCGUUGGGAUGGAUGCCGUGAUUGCAUACCAGGGAGUGAGGGGCGAGAGCGGCAGGGCACAGGGGGCCCAAGCAAACACUUGCCCAGGGUCCAUUCGUUAUUAAAGACGGCCCUGCCUGGAGGUACAAAAAUGUUUUAUUGGCCACACACGGCUUUUAUGCAUAGCCCCAUGCAAGGGGCUGACCACACAAACAUACAAGGACACGUCCUAGGAUCCUCCUCCUCCCUGGGACCCUAACGCGGGAAGAGACACUGUUCCCUUUGUCCCCAAAGCCCGCCACUGCGGUUUCACACUUAUGUUGCGAGUGCGAACGUUAUAAUUGAUUGGUUUGAACAUUCUAAUGGGGCAAACGAAUGAGUCGGGAAACAAUCCACGAACGCUCCCCUUGGCUCACCUCCCAGGGUAAUAGCUUCCUGCUGAGGUAAGCUACUGGAUGUUUUCUGCCAUCGUCCUCAACCUGGCUCAGCACCGCUCCUAAUCCAAACAUGGAGACAUCUGUAUGAACGAGAAAAGUUUUUUUAGAUUAGAGGCACCCAGGACAGGGGCAUUUACUAAGGUGACCUUAAGGGCUUGGAAUGUCUGCUCACACUCUGAAGUCCAGGCUACCUGCCUGGGCAAGUUCUUUCGGGUCAAGUUGGUGAGGGGCUUGGCUAGGGGGCUGUAGUUGGGGACAAACUUCCUAUAGUAGCCAGCGGUCCCUAGGAAGGCAGUUACCUGGGUCUUAGGGGACAGGGCCAACUAGCUGCUGCCUCAACCUUGGCUGGCUCGGGCUUCUGCUUCCCACACCCUACCCGGUGUCCUAGGUAUUUUACUUCUGCAAUCCCUCGGUGACACACUGGUUUUUAGGGUUAAUCCUGCCUCCCUAAUCCUGUCUAGCACAGCUCCUACAUGUACCAGAUGCUCUUCUCAAGUGUCGCUGUAUAUGGCGAUGUCGUCCAGGUAUUCACAGGAAUAGUCCUGGUGCCCUCCAACAUCCGAUCCACCAUCCUUUGGAAAGUGGCUGGGGGGAAUUCUUCGUCCCAAAUGGCAUUACCUUAUUAUUAUUAUUAUUAUUAUUAUUAUUACGAUUUAUAUAGCGCCAACAGAUUCCGUAGUGCUUUACAAUAUUAUUAGAGGGGGGAUUUGACUAUAAAUAGACCAAUUACAAGAAAACUCACAGAAACGAAGGGUUGAAGAGGGCCCUGCUCAAAAGAGCUUACAGUCUAUAGGAGGUGGGGUAUAAAACACAUUAGGACAGGGAAUAGAAGUCAAAAUAGGUGGGAGUGAAGCAGAGCUGGAGGAGAGAGUAGAGUGCUGCCCUUAGGAGAGAGCAAGAGACAGGUAUGUGAGGUAGAGGUUAGUCUGGGAGGCCAUAGGCUUUCCUAAAUAAAUGAGUUUUAAGGCACUUCUUAAAUGAUUGAAGACUAGGGGAGAGUCUGAUGGCGGUAGGCAGGCUAUUCCACAGGACGGGAGCCGCCCGCGAAAAGUCCUGCAAGCGCGAGUUGGCCGUACGGGUACGAGCAGUGGACAGAAGGUGGUCAUGGGCAGAGCGGAGAGACCGAGAAGUCAGUUCAGGGGUUCAGGAAUUCUAUGGAAGUCCCAUUUUAACCGACCACAUGCAUGGUUUCAUGCCCAAAACAGUAUCAGAGAAUCAGGCUGUGCGGUGGUCUAAUGUCAUUAUGUGUCUUUUGUUCGUGGGUUCCUUUUUACCGAACGCCGUUGAAUAGCCAAACCUCCAUGGAAGGAGGAACUCGACGACCAAACACCGCUCAUUAUACUCGCGGCUUAAGAUGGCCGCCAUCACGUGGUCGAAGGGCACUUUGGAUGGCUUCGGUAGUUCGAAGUGUGGCCAUACCAGGGACAAAGGCACACACAAUAUAGGGAUUUUGUCACAGUAAGUGUGGCGGCUACCCCGAGAGAAUGAGGGGUUUCGCCGCCUUUAACCAUCCCAGUGAUGCUUUCCGAUUUCCCAGGAUAGUAUAGCUCUUACAAGAGCUGGGUGAUUAUAGUAUACAUAGCUGGUACCUAGAAUCAUGAGCUGAGACUCUAUGAUGAGGGUAAGCAAGGAAUGAUUUUAAUGGUGCCACACUGGCCUUUUAUGCAAUUCCCCAUGCAAGGGGUACUUCCACAUGGACCUUGUGGGGAACUUACAAGAUAAAGACAUAGACCAAUGACAAUGAUGUUCAAACGCAUGACACUCCCAUUAUCUCUAGGUGAAAAAGAACACAAUUUACAGGUAACACGAAACUACCCCAAAAAAGAGGAGUCAACAAGGCCUAUAGUGAAAAGAAUACCAUCUCCACUGUGAAGCAUGGUGUUGGCUCAUUGAUGUUUUGAUGGUGUGUGUGUGUGUGUGUGUGUGUGUGUGAGCUCUAAAGACACAGGAAAUAUUGUGGAAAUUGAUGACAAGAUGAAUGUAGCAUGAUAUCAGAAAAUAAUGACAGACAUUUUGCAUUGUUCUGCAUGAAGGCUGCUCAUGGGAAACUCUUGGACUUUCCAGCAUGACAAUCACUCUAAGCACAAGGCCAAGUUGACCCUCCACAGUGGUUAUAGCAGAAAAAGGUGCCUGCUCACUCAUGUUUUAUUUAAAAAUAGUACAUAUAUUACCAAUUUUCCAAAGGUAUGCAAACUUUUGAGCACAUUUGUAUUAUGGGCUUUUAAAAAAUAUAUAUAUAUUUAAUUACAUGCACCUUUACAAACUUAUUUUUUUUUUUUACAUAUUUUGUUAAGCAGGCCAUAAAGUUGAGUUUGUGUUUGCUGAUGCAAUCGAAUAAAAUGUAUUUUAUAUAUUGUUUUUUUUUCUCUCAUGCAGCAAAUUCCGUCUGUCUUAUUAUCCUCACUGCCUUGAGUCAUUCACUGCUCUCUUGCAUGAAGCAUUUGGAGGUCAGUGUGAGCACAUGGUAUAUGGGGACUUCUUGCCUUAUAAUCGUGACCAGGAGACAGCCCCCUGUUACUUUAUCCAUGUGACGAAGAGAACAUCAUGA